AUGGAGCCUCCUGGGCAGGUCAGGGAUCGCAUCCUAGAGAACAUCUCACUCUCCAUCAAGAAGUUUCAAAGCUACUUUGUUGUUUGCAAGGAUGAAACUCCAGCCAUUGGGAACCACAUCAAGGUCCUGCAGCAGCUCUAUGAGCACCUUGACCAUGAGCUGCUGUAUGGGCUCCAAGAUCUCCAAGAUCUCCCUUCAAGCUGCUAGGCCUUUCGAACUGUCUGGGCAGGAGAGGCCCCCUCGGAGUUGAGGGGGUUUCAGCCCCCAUGGAUUUCUCCUGCUUUUACAUUGAGAGUCCAAAUGCUCCUGUAGCAGGUGGUGACCACCAUGGCACUGCAGGGAGUGGCCAACUGCCACAUGUUCCUGGUAGCCUUCAAGCUGCUGGAAAAGAGGAGGAAGGAGGAAGAGCAUAAGCAGAAGAAGAGAGGGGUGGACCAUGCAUAGCAGUGGACUUGCAGGAGGAGGAUCAUAGAAUCAUAGAAUCAUAGAGUUGGAAGAGACCACAAGGGCCAUCGAGUCCAACCCCCUGCCAAGCAGGAAACACCAUCAGAGCACUCCUGACCUAUGGUUGUCAAGCCUCUGCUUAAAGACCUCCAAAGAAGGAGACUCCACCACACUCCUUGGCAGCAAAUUCCACUGUCGAACAGCUCUUACUGUCAGGAAGUUCUUCCUAAUGUUUAGGUGGAAUCUUCUUUCUUGUAGUUUGGAUCCAUUGCUUCAUGUCCGCUUCUCUGGAGCAGCAGAAAACACCCUUUCUCCCUCCUCUAUGUGACAUCCUUUUAUAUAUUUGAACAUGGCUAUCAUAUCACCCCUUAGCCUCCUCUUCUCCAGGCUAAACAUGCCCAGCUCCCUUAGCCGUUCCUCAUAAGGCAUCGUUUCCAGGCCUUUGACCAUUUUGGUUGCCCUCCUCUGGACACGUUCCAGUUUGUCAGUGUCCUUCUUGAACUGUGGUGCCCAGAACUGGACACAGUACUCCAGGUGAGGUCUGACCAGAGCAGAAUACAGUGGCACUAUUACUUCCCUUGAUCUAGAUCCUAUACUCCUAUUGAUGCAGCCCAGAAUUGCAUUGGCUUUUGUAGCUGCCGCGUCACACUGUUGGCUCAUGUCAAGUUUGUGGUCAACCAAGACUCCUAGAUCCUUUUCGCAUGUACUGCUCUCAAGCCAGGUGUCCCCAUCUUGUAUUUGUGCCUCUCCUUUUUUGCCCAAGUGCAAUACUUUACAUUUCUCCCUGUUAAAAUUCAUCUUGUUUGUUUUGGCCCAGUUCUCUAAUCUGUCAAGGUCGUUUUGAAGUGUGAUCCUGUCCUCUGGGGUGUUAGCCACCCUCACAGUUUGGUGUCAUCUGCAAAUUUGAUCAGGAUGCCCUUGAGUCCAUCAUCCAAGUCGUCUAUAAAGAUGUUGAAUAAGACCGGGCCCAAGACAGAACCCUGUGGCACCCCACUAGUCACUCUUCUCCAGGAUGAAGAGGAACCAUUGAUGAGCACCCUUUGGGUUCGGUCAGUCUGCCAGUUACAAAUCCACUGAGUGGUAGCAUAGUCAAGACCGCAUUUUACCAGCUUCUUUACAAGAAUAUCAUGGGGCACCUUGUCAAAUGCCUUGCUGAAAUCAAGGUAGGCUACAUCCACUGUGUUCCCUUCAUCUACCAGGCUUGUAAUUCUGUCAAAAAACGAGAUCCGGUUAGUCUGACAUGACUUAUUUUUCAGAAAUCCAUGCUGACUAUUGGUGAUCACAGCAUUCCUUUCUAUGUGCUCACAGACUGUUUGCUUAAUGAUCUGCUCCAGAAUCUUCCCUGGUGUUGAUGUCAGACUGACUGGGCGGUAAUUAUUUGGGUCCUCUCUUUUCCCCUUUUUGAAAAUAGGGACAACAUUUGCCCUCCUCCAGUCUGCCGGGACUUCGCCUGUUCUCCAGGAAUUCUCAAAGAUGACUGCCAGUGGUUCUGAGAUCACAUCUGCCAGUUCUUUUAAUACUCUUGGAUGCAGUUCAUCUGGCCCUGGAGACUUGAAUACAUCUAAACUAGCCAAGUAUUCUUGUACUAUCUCCUUAGUUAUUCUGGGCUGUGUUUCCUCUGCUGAAUCAUUUGCUCCAAAUUCUUCAGGUCGGGCAUUGUUUUCUUUAUCGGAGAAGACUGAGGCAAAGAAGGCAUUGAGGAGUUCAGCCCUUUCUGUGUCCCCUGUUUGCAUUUCACCAUCUUCUCCUCUGAGUGACCCCACUGUUUCUUUGUUCUUCCUUUUGCUACGAACAUACCCAUAAAAGCCUUUUUUGUUGCUUUUAACCUCUCUAGCAAGCCUGAGUUCAUUCUGUGCUUUAGCUUUUCUGACUUUGUGUCUACACGUGCUGGCUAUUUGUUUGAAUUCCUCUUGGUGGUUUCCCCCCUUUUCCAUUUUUUGUACACAUCCUUUUUAAUCUUAACUCAGUUAAAAGUUCUUUAGAUAGCCACCCAGGCUUCUUUAGGCACCUUCCAUGUUUCCGUCUCAUUGGUAUUGCCUGAAGUUGUGCUUUUACUAUCUCCUCUUAACAAACUCCCAGCCAUCAUGAACUCCCUUUCCUUUUAGUAUUACUGUCCAUGGGAUCUCACCCAGCACUUCCCUAAGUUUUAUGAAGUCGGCUUUCUUAAAGUCAAGAAAUUGAGUCCUAGUAUGCUUGGCUGCCCCUUUCCGCUGUAUAGUAAACUUCAGAAGGGCAUGAUCACUCGCGCCUAAUGAUCCUUCCACUUCUACCCCACUAACCAGGUCAUCAACAUUGGUUAGGACCAGAUCUAAAAUGGCUGUUCCUCUUGUUGCUUCUCCCACUUUCUGGACAAUGAAGUUGUCUGCAAGGCCAGUGAGGAAUCUGUUUGACCUUAUGCUCUUGGCCGAGUUUGACAUCCAACAAAUAUCCGGGUAAUUGAAGUCCCCAUUACUACUAUCUCCCUUCCUUUUGCAUGCUUGGCCAUCUGUUCCAGGAAGGCAUCAUCUAUGUCCUCCGUUUGGCUUGGGGAUCUAUAGUAAACUCCCACAAUGAGGUCACUGUUAUUCUUCUCUCCCUUAAUUUUGACCCAAAUGCUCUCACAUUGGCUUUGAGGUUCUAAAUCUUGGCUCUCUUCACAGGUAUACACAUCCCUGAUAUAUAACGCCACUCCUCCUCCUUUCUUGUCUGGUCUGUUUCUCUGAAAUAGAUUGCAUUUCAGUUUGGGUUUCUCCCCCUGUAAAGUGCAACAAUUCCCUGUAAGUCGCUCACUGUCUAUCCAUAUUAACUCUCUUAAAAGUAACAGCCUCAAUAGGAGAUAGCCACAAAGGUGUUUUCCUUUCCAGCAGAUUUUUAUAUUUCUCCCAAACUCUAUACAGAUUCUUCCUAAGAAUGUGGUUCAUAAAACCUUUAUAAAUUUUUGCCUUCCCAUACCAAAGACAUGCAUGCCAGAUGAAUUUUAGGUCAUGUCCUUUUAAGUCCAGGAUGUCUGCAUUAUCCAAUGUCUUUUAACCAACCCAAACAGACUGCCUCAUAAUACAUUUGCAGGUCUGGCAGGGCAAAGCCUCCUCUUUCUUUUAUAUCUAUCAUAAUUUUAUGUUUAAUUCUUGGCUUUCCCCCCUGCCAGAUAAAUUUAGAAAUAUCCUUCUUCCAUUCUUUGAAGCAGCCUGAAUUAUUUGCAAUUGGAAUUGAUUGGAAUAAAAACAGUAUCCUGAGCAGUAUAUUAAUUUAAUGGCUGAGACUCUACCAUACAGGGAGAGCUUCAUUCUCUCCCAAAUCUCCAAAUCUUUCUUAAUCUCUUUCCACAGUUUAACAUAAUUAUUUUCAAAUAAGAUGAGAUUUCUUACUAUCAACCAGAUUUCCAAAUAACUAAUUUUUUUACCUAUUUUCAAACCAGUUUUUCUAACAUAUUUUUUGACUGAUCGUCCAUGUUUUUAACCAACAUUUUGGUUUUAUCUGAAUUUAUUUUAAAACCUGCCACUUCUCCAAAUCUUUUGAUUUUUUCUAAUGCUUUGGGAACACUCCCCAAAGAAAUAUCUUUAACAUCUCUGUUAAGAGUGUCUGUGUUGUGCCCUUUGAAAAGUAACCACUGAGCUAUAACCUGUUUCAGUGUAAACAAAUAAAGUUCCUGUUUUGUUUUAAAAGUGCUUCAUCCUUCCUUCCUUGGAUCGAUCCUCUGGUGAGGGCUGAGUGGUCACAGGUACCCCCUUCACCUAAUUCUAACAUCUUGCUGCUGCUAAACAAAAAUACUACCACAACCAGUUAAAACAAAAGCUCAGGUGUGGGAAUGCAGGCAGGGGUUUCUCUUGCAGCCCCUAAAAUAGCAGCUGCAUUGCACAGCACCCAUAAUAACUGGGAGUGUCUGUUGGAGAGAGAAUGUGGGGUGUUUAUGUGUAAUAGAGAGGGGCAACUAUGUCCAUGCACUGUGUGAAUGAUGGAAGGGGGAGCCGUGUGUGUGUGAGGGAGGGACAGGGAAGAUAUGUGUGAGAGACAGAGGUAGGUAGGGGGGCCACUAGGGGCGCAUUGGAAGAUGGCCGACAAUAACAUCUCUCCGACCCACACGAGGUAAUUAAGAGGCUGUAAUGGGAGUAUGCAGCCUCCCUGCCCCCCAAGGGAAUGGGGGGGACUGCCCUUGCCUGCUGUGCCCAUAAAUCACCCCCGGAUUCGAGGGGGUGAGGGCACUAGGCAGAACGCCCUUGUGUGGACUUCGGCUCUCCUGGACGCUGUCUCUGAUUGCGCCACUAGCUGCAGCAACUUGAAAAUAAACAAUUAGGAAGAAGCAAAUGCACAUAUUUCAAGUGAAGAAUGGGGAGUAAAGACUGCCAAUUGAAGGGACCUCUGUGAAAGAAGACGGGUCGGAUAAACAGGAAUAUAUCAUGAGAAGACACAUCAAGGCUCGGUAUGUCAGCAGCGGGACUGGAUGGGGGAGGGGAAAAACUUUUCUUUCUUCUGUGUGAUUAACCAAUAAUCCCCCCCCACAAGUCAGAAAUGCCGAUUAAAUGACCUAAGCUGGAUGAUUUAAGACUGUGUGAAAAUAAACUUUAACCAAAAGCAUGUUUUAAGGAGACCGAGGAAAGUACAAGAGCUUUGGGAUGACGCAGUAAAAAACAGCGUCGCCAUUUUGGCAAGUUCUGUCGAAAGAUUUAUGUCUGGGAGGAGGAAUGGAUCUGUUUUUAUACUGCGGGCGAACCUCCUCAAAGGACUAAAGGCGGCGACAGAUUUGCGAAGAUUAAUGAUGGAAAGAGUGCUUUUAUCUAUGGAAGUGAUGAUAUAUGGAAACUAUCUCGAUAUGGCUAUUGGUCGAACAGAAAAAUUCACACAGGAUUACAACUUGUUUUUACCUGCUUAAGGAGAUUAUCAGAAGAGGUCGCAAAGAGAAAGGAAAAAUAUACGAAAAUAAUAAGAUGAGAUGUGGGAAACAGCAAGAUAGGAUUGGAUAGAAUUAUGAACAUUAUUUGGACAGAUUUGUGGACAUUAAGGCAGCAGCAAGAAGAUGAUUGGACCCCCCUUCGGAACUUGAAAUAUGGGUACCCCCAACAAAAAUUUAAAAAUUCGGCUUUGUAAUUUGGAAUUUAUGUGAUGUGAUGUGAUUUGAUUUGAUUUGAUUGGUCGGUUAAUAAAAAUUAUUUUUUUUAAAAAAAGAGAGACAGAGGUAGGUAGGUACGUAUGUAUGUAUGUAUGUAUGAGAGGAUAGGUAGGCAAGUAUGGACGCAUGGUCAGUGUGAGAGAGAGAGGGAAAGUGUGCCCAUGUGGGUGUGCCUGAGAGAUGGAGAAACAUAGAUGGUGGGUGUGAGAGAAAGGAAGAGAAUGUCCUUAUAGAAUGGGAAUAGCCAGCAACUAAGGAUGGCAAAACUCAGUUGCAGGGGUAGAGAGAGCCACAGCACUUAAAAAAGAAACCAAAGAGCUUGGAACCAAGCCUUCCACCGCAACUUUUGAAAAGCCACUUAAAAGCGUGUCUCUCACACACAAACAAAGUUUACUGAUAAGGCUUGGAAAGGUACAAGAAUCCAAGACCUUGAGAACAGUACAAAUCAUUCCCAACCAAAUAACACACUUUUCAUUUCAAAAUACAGGGGGGGGGGGACGGGACAGGAACAUGCUGAGUAAAACGUCCUGCUGUGAGUGCACAGUGUGGGUUUUUGUCUUAUGCUGUAAAGGGACAGGUAACAUAUUUGUAUUUAUUCCCAUGUAGACCAUAAGGUAUACAAAUAAGGGAAAACACACUGAACCAAAGACAAGGGAGAACUGCUAGAAGCAAGUUGGAGAAUGCCCCCUCUUCCCUCCCUCCUUGUAGACAUCUGAACAUAGGCUGCCUUGCACUAAGACAGGCCAGUGGUCCAUCUUAUGCAAUAAAGUCCUCUCUGACUGGCAGAGGCCCCCAAGGUUUUCAGGCAGGGUGACCUCCCUGGCCUUAACUGAGCAGCUUUCUAUGCAAAACGUGCUCCUGCUGUCCUGGGUAGAUCCAUGGUAGUAGCAGAGCUAAUGGUGUUUAGAUGCUGUUGGAGCAAUUUCGUUGCACAGAUGUUCCUUGCAAAAACCAGUUUUGCCAGCCCUAUUUGUGCUUUGCUGAGCAAAGGUUUGGUAAAGCCCCUUAUUCACCCUGUUACUCUAGUGCCCAACAAGCGGCUGUGUGUCAGGUGCUUGCAAAGUUAUGUGCAAGGGACUUAGACAGCUGGGUGGGUCAACACACCUCUCAGUCAUAUGACACCAGGUGACUGAUGGCACAGCCCACCUGUCAAAGUUGGUCCAUGGGGCCCCAAAAGGUUCCCCACCCCUGCACUAAACCAUUGUUUAGCAUUACACCUGAAUUAGGCCAAUGCGCCUUCAGAUGGUGCUGGAAUAAGCCACUCUGAAGCCCUACAGGUAACUCUCGACGAAAUUAGGCAUAUGGAGGUAGUUUUCAUUUCAGGAAUUGAAUGGUUUCAGCAUUUUGAACCUGCACCAUUAAGUAGCAAGGCAUAACACUCAGAACCUGGGCAUAAAACUAUAUUCUUGAAUCUUAGGAAGUCUGCUUCUCCUUCACUUUGGAAGAGGUAGUUCUUGUUACCUUAACCUUCUUUUCUUCUUUCUGGUCCAUUGCCCUGACUUUGUUGUCCUUUCCAUCAUAUGGCUUAAAUUUGUACCCCACUGCAUUUCAGGUUUCCCCCACUGCUGUCUGCUAGAGCUCUAUAACUCUUCCUCAAUACAGUGGUACCUCGGGUUACAUAUGCUUCAGGUUACAGACUCCACUAACCCAGAAAUAGUGCUUCAGGUUAAGAACUUUGCUUCAGGAUGAGAACAGAAAUUGUGCUCCAACGGCGCAGCAGCGGCAGGAGGCCCCAUUAGCUAAAGUGGUGCUUCAGGUUAAGAACUGUUUCAGGUUAAGAACGGACCUCCGGAACGAAUUAAGUACUUAACCCGAGGUACCACUGUAGUAGCUUUCCUACUCCAUCUCUCUCUCUAAUAAUAUAUGACCCCUUAAAGUAAGCAAGUGUAAGCUGUUAAUCUGGGUAGGGUGUUGCAUGUGCAUAAAUUACAUAUCUGAACCAUUUUAUUUUCUGUAUGAAGGAAACCACAGCUCCCAUCCUAAUUGGGUCUGAUGAUCCAAGGGCACUCACGAGCACUGUGUGAGAGGCAGAAAUAGCAAUAGCACUGUAGACUCAAACUAGGGGGUGACCACAUCUCUGCUAAUGUGUGUAGGAUGUAGGGACACAUCUAGCCUUGCUUAACAGCACCAUUAUCUCUAGACAGUUUACCACCUCCACAUACAGAAUACCAUCCUAAACCACCGAAAGGACCUAUGCAUGGGUAGCACAUGCAGAAGACACAAAUUCCUUUAGUUAAAACAUGGCAAUGCUUAUGUCACACUGCCUGCCUUGAUAUCACUACGAUUUAAUGUGCAGUAAAAAUGAUAAAGAUAAAAUUUAGAAACACUGAUAACACAUACACACAUCUGUUGUUGAAUAUUCCCCAACACAUUAAAUGACACCUGCCUUCUUAAAGUCAUCCCUAAAACUACCUCCCCCCCAACCCCCCAGUAAUCAAGAUCCAAGUUUUUAUUCUGAUUCUUGCUCUGCCAGGGCCAAGCUGUUGUACUAGGGCAGGACAGUAGGCAGCAGCAUUAAUUAACUUUGGAAACAGCUGAAUAGCAACCUCUGAAAAGUUAAUGCACUUCUUAAAAUUAUGACAAAGAAGAAAAAACAAAAGGUUACAUGGAGCAUGGUGCACAUAAUAACUGCCAAAAGCUAUUUACUAGAAUGAGAGAGAAAGCAGACAUAAGCAAACAGACCCAGCUCUUAACAAGCCGAGAUGGCACCAUGCCAAAUGUGUAGCCACUGCUAUUAUGGGAUAGGAUUUUUAGCCCUCCUGAACAGCUCAGCCACAGAUUAUUUGAGUUAGACAACUAGGUCCAAUCCUAACCCUGUCUACUCAGCAGUAAAUCCUACUGAAUUCAAUGGGGUUUAAUCACAAGUGUGGUUAAGACUGCACCCUUUGUGCUGGAUCCCAACUGACUGAAGGACUAGCUUCAGAACAAAUGCUUCAGGAGAUGUGGACAAGUUUCAAAGAUGGGAGGCUUCCCGUCUACCGUUUGCUCUCAUCAAUACAGUGGUACCUCAGGUUACAAAAGCUUUGGGUUACAAACUCCGCUAACCCGGAAGUAGUACCUCAGGUUGAGUACUUUACCUCAGGAUGAGAACGGAAAUCACGCGCUGGCGGUGCAGCGGUAGCUGGAGGCUCCAUGAGCUAAAGUGGUACCUCAGGUUAAGAACGGUUUCAGGUUAAGAAUUAAGUUUGUAACCCGAGGUACCACUGUAGUGUCAAGCCUGAUCUACACAUGCAGAAGAAUAAGGUGUUGGGAAAGGCAACCAGCAUCACUCACUCACUUGUUUAUUUAGUUUUUAUACCACCCCCUCAUCCAAAGAUGACAGUAUAAAAUCACAAAAACACCCAGGAUGAUGAUGAGGAUGAUAAUGAUAAUAAUAAUAAUAAUAAUAAUAAAUAAUAAGGCAUUUCUAUUGCUCCCUUCAUCCCAAAGGAGUUCAAAGCAGUGGCAAAUUCCUUCACACUUCUUCACAGCCAUUUUGACUCUUUUACAACAUCCUUUCACUCAGCAUGCUCUUCACUUUCCUUUAUUGCCAAUAAGCUAUAUUCAAUGUAUACAUCAAGAUGUUUUUCAACCACAGCUCCCCCCUUUCCAAUGCUUAUUUCAAAUAAGCAUCAACACUCAAUUCUUCAGCAUCAUACAAGCAUACAAUCUCCAUUACAUCUUUACUGAUGCCUUUUUGUUAUUUUUAAAAAGAAAUUAAAAUUUUAUUGAAAUUAUUUAGAACAUAAAUCAAUUACUCUGACAACAAAAACAGAACAAACCAAUACCCUUGACCCCCAAAGCAAAACAAACAAGACAGAAAAAGAGAAUCAAACAGUAAAUGAAAGCUGAAUAUGAUUAGAAGGGACCAGUCGGUUAAAGGUAUACAGGUCGGAACUAAACAGUACAAAUUGAGAGCAUUUGCAGAUGACUUAGUAUUGAUGUUACAGGAGCCAGAAUCUAGUACUAAAAGGGUUUUAGAACUGAUUCAAGAAUUUGGUCAAGUGGCAGGAUUUAAAUUGAAUAAGUCAAAAACCAAGGUUUUAGAGAAAAAUUUAACACCGAUUGAAAGAGAGAGGUUUCAGAAUGAGACAGGUUUAACAGUGGUUAAGAAAGUUAAAUAUUUGGGGAUUAACAUGACAGCAAAAAUGGGAACUUAUUUAAAGAUAACUAUGAAAAAUGCUGGUCUGAAGUGAAAAAGAUUUAGAAAUUUGGUCAAAUUUGAAGCUUUCACUGCUGGGCCGUAUUGCUGCGAUAAAAAUGAAUGUAUUGCCUAGAAUGUUGUUUUUGUUCCAAACUUUGCAGAUUGUGGACAAAAUGGAUUGUUUCAAGAGGUGGCAGAAAGAUAUUUCUAAAUUUGUCUGGCAGGGCAAGAAGCCCAGAAUAAAAUUUAAAAUACUAACAGAUGCAAAGGAAAGAGGUGGAUUUGCCCUGCCAGACCUCAAACUUUACUAUGAAUCAGCAGCUUUUUGCUGGUUGAAAGAAUGGCUACUUCUUGAAAACACUGACAUUUUGGACUUGGAAGGUUUUAAUAAUGUAUUUGGAUGGCAUGCAUAUCUAUGGUAUGAUAAGGUCAAAGCACAUAAAGCAUUUAGAAACCACAUUGUCAGGAAAGCGCUAUUUAAUGUUUGGUUAAGAUAUAAGGACUUGCUAGAAAACAAAUCCCCAAGGUGGCUGUCACCAAUGGAAGCGAAAGCCUUGAAAAAGGUCAAUAUGGAGGUCAAAUGGCCGAAAUAUUGGGAAAUUUUGGAACAAGACGGAGAUAGACUGAAAUUGCAGAGUUUUGAAAAACUAGAAAACAAAGUGCGAGACUGGCUUCAUUAUUAUCAGAUAAUGGAGGCAUUUAAAUUGGACAGGAAAAUUGGCUUCCAGGUGGAAAGAUCCAAAUUAGAAACAGAAUUGUUAGAACCCAAAACUAAGAAUUUGUCAAGAAUGUACAACUUGCUGCUGAAAUGGAAUACUCAGGAUGAAACGGUAAAAUCGGCUAUGAUUAAAUGGGCACAGGACGUUGGACAUAAUAUUAUGUUUGCUGACUGGGAACAGUUAUGGACCACAGGUAUGAAAUUUACGGCAUGUAAUGCCUUAAAAGAGAAUAUUAUGAAAAUGAUAUACAGGUGGUACGUAACCCCAGUCAAGCUUGCAAAAAUCUAUCACUUGCCCGAUAACAAAUGUUGGAAAUGUAAAGAAACUGAAGGUACAUUUUUUCACCUUUGGUGGAUGUGCCCAAAGAUUAAGGCUUUCUGGGAAAUGAUAUAUAAUGAAUUAAAAAAGGUAUUUAAGUAUACCUUCCCUAAGAAACCAGAGGCCUUUCUUCUGGGCAUAGUCGGCCAAAUGGUGUUAAAAAAGGAUAGAACUUUCUUUAUGUAUGCAACAACAGCAGCAAGAAUACUCAUCGCAAAGUAUUGGAAGACACAAGAACUUCCCACGCUGGAGGAAUGGCAGAUGAAACUUAUGGACUAUAUGGAAUUGGCGGAAAUGACUGGUAGAAUCCGUGACCAGGGAGAAGAGUCGAUGGAGGAAGAUUGGAAGAAAUUCAAAGACUAUCUUCAGAAACAUUGCAAAAUUAAAGAAUGUUAGAGUGAUGUUGGACUGAAAAUAAGCGGUUUCCAGCUGUACAGGUUAAAGUUAACGAUAGACUAAGAUUAAAGAUUAGGAUUAAAGAUGUUUAAAGAAAUGGAAAUUUGACAUUAAGAGGGAAAAUUUUAACGUUAUAUGAUACUAAGAUCAAAGAUCAGGUUUAAAGAAGUUGAAGUUAUAUAUUUCAAUAUCUUAUUAAAGCUAAAGAUUGGGAUUAAAAAGUGGAAAAGAAAUUGCUGGACAAACAAUUUGGAUUGGAAUACAAAAGAGGGAGGUAUGAGGAAGUCCAGAAAAUAAGUAACUAAAAAAAACGGAAAUGGAAAAGAGAUAUUGUUUUUAAUUGUUAUGUUUUUUGUUCUUUUAUUGUUGAAUCUUGUUUUUUGUGUGUGUGUUUUUGUUAUAUGUAUUGUGUAUGUUUUUCUUUUCUUUCUUUGUUGUUUAAAACUUUAAUAAAAAUUAUUUUUUAAAAAACAAAAAACAAACAGUAAAUCAAAAAAUAAAAGAAUUUGUUACACACACACACACACACACACACAUAUAUAUAUAUAUAUAUAUAUAUAUAUAUACACAUACACACACACACACCGUAUUUUCCUUCCAAAUUAUUUUUCAACUUCCUUCAUCCUGUACAUGGUUUUCUAUUUUCUCCUUCUAAACUGUCUCUUUUAUGAAUUAUUUUUACGAUAUGGUUCUUAGGCUACAAUUUGGAAAAAUUUACUGAUGCCUUUCGUGGCUCUAAUAAUCACACAUACACCAAGUUUAGCAACAAUAUAGAUUACUUCAAUGAGAAGUAAAUCAAGAAUGAUUUACUCAAAAGAUCCCAAUUCAGUCUUUUAGCCUGAACUUGUCUAGCCGGGUGAAGACUCCUUUUCUAUAUGUUAUAUUUUGUUCUGCUCCUGUGAUGUUAAAUCACAACCUGAUCUAGGGUGCUCCAAAGCCAGAUAUACUGUAUAUAAGCAUGAAUGUCUCAACAACAGUAACUUACCAGGUUGCUCAAUGCACAAGUUGUCUCUAGUGCUUCUGCUUAGACUUGUCAACUUACUAGAACAGGGGUGAGAGCAGCAAAGUGGGUCAUAACAGUUAUGCAUUCAUGACAUGCAUGAAUGUCAAAUAUUUCUAUUUAAGGUUUCAGAUUCAUCCUUUUACAGUUUUAAGUGGCUGUCUCUUAUUUCUAAGCAGCAAAAACAGUCCCUGCCAUUUUUAUGUGUGUCCUCAGGCUCUCAUUACUGCUUUGACCUACAAGAAGAGAAAGCUAAAGAUCGAGCCGUGACCAGGCCAGGAAAACUGGGCCAGGUGCCUUUUUCUCACUCCCGAAUCCAACACAGCCUAAGUACACUCUGUUCUCGUUGUUUCCCCAUCAAUGUUUGCACAGUGGAUAUGGCAGCAUAACUGACAUCCACUUGACAGACAGCCAAUCUAUGGAAGGCACCACACUGAGCCGCAUGAAAUGGAAGUCCAUCAACCUCACAAAGAAACUUGCACAGGUACAGACUGAUAUCUCCUUUAUAAUAUAUAUUUCAACUGCGUCAGACCAACAUGGCUACCUACCUGAAUCUAGAGCCAAUCUACUGGAAGAGAAGUUGUCAUUUCAGUGGGGCUUCCCUUCAACCGUACUGCUCCCCCGGACCAGGAAAAAAACCUUUCUUAAAUAAUUAUUAGUCUAUCUUUCAAUCUUUGGGUCAACAUAGGAGCUAUCUUACUAUUAAGAUCCGGUGCGCUGCAAAGGCCCAUUAGCACAGAUGUGUGCCGGAUGCAUCCCAGGCACACCCUAAUGUUUCACAAAGCUGGGAAUCAAGGAAAGCAGACAAAGGUGUAGGCAGAAUAAAAAGGCUGGAAUGGACCUGCAGUUUCUGCCUGCAUCUUUCUCUGGAAACGGUGGUGGAAUGGUUGGCCCAGUGGUAGCAGUAAGGAAGGAGGAGGGACUCCUCUGCAGGCAGAAGCUGCAGAUCCAUCCCAGCCCUUUUCUUCUGCCUGCAUCUGCCUGUCCCAUGGCUUUGUUUCUGUCCAAUAUCCGCUAGUCACCUUUUGUGGAGAGAGCUCUGUGGGGAUGAGGGGCUGCUUUGUGGUGUGCAAGCUAGGAGGAGCAGGAGCCACCCCACCCUCAGCCCUCCUGAUCAGCCCUGCCUCUGGCCAGCUUUCCAAGAGUUUCUCUGCAGAAAAAUCUUCUGCUUUGGCUUCUUGACCACUCUUGCGGUGGUGGUGGUGUCAGCUUCUGUUGUUAUUCUUACUGUUCUUUGCUUAUUGGUUUGUCAUUUCCCUCGCUCCCGCCUUCCUUUGUUGAAAUAAAUCCUUGGGUGCACACCUUAAUGAAAUGUGCUGUGCACACCUAUGCUCUUUAGAGAGUAGAAGACACUGAAGAGAAGUGGCCAGGCUGAGUGGCAGAGUCCAUUUUUUGCAUUCAUAAGUUUUCAGUUCCACCCCUGGUAUCUCCACCUAAAAAGGAUCAUAGAUUCAUAAAAUUGUAGAGUUGGAAUGGACCCAAAGAGUCAACUAGUCCAACCCUCUGCAAGGCAGGAAUCUCUACACAUGCUCCCCCAUCCAAUCAGAAACCAUGCUUAGAUCUGCAAAUGUGCUAGCAGUUUUAUUGCUGUAACCAGUGCUAUUUUUCUAGAAAAACAGGUGCUGGAACUCACUGUGAGCGUGCUGUGGUCUAAACCACUGAGCUUCUUGGGCUUGCAGAUCGGAAGGUCCGUGGUUUGCAUCCCUGCAACAGAGUGAGCAAGCUCCUGUUGCUCUGUCCCAGCUCCUGCCAACCUAGCAGUUCGAAAACAUGCCAGUGCAAGUAGAUAAAUAGGUACCGCUGUGGCAGGAAGGUAAACAGUGUUUCCGUGCACUCUGGUUUCUGUCAUGGUGUCCCGUUGCGCCAGAAGCGGUUUAGUCCUGCAGGCCACAUGACCCGGAAAGCUGUCUGUGAACAAAUGCUGGCUCCCUCGGCCUGAAAGUGAGAUGAUCGCCACAACCCCAUAGUCGCCUUUGACUGGACUUAACCAUCCAGGGGUCCUUUACCUUUCACCUUUUCUCUUAUACAGCGGUACCUCAGGUUAAGAACUUAAUUCGUUCUGGAGGUCCGUUCUUAACCUGAAACUGUUCUUAACCUGAAGCACUUUAGCUAAUGGGGCCUCCUGCUGCUGUGCCGGAGCACAAUUUCUGUUCUCAUCCUGAAGCAAAGUUCUUAACCCAAGGUAAUAUUUCUGGGUUAGCGGAGUCUGUAACCUGAAGCGUCUGUAACCCGAGGUACCACUGUAAUAGAAAGGGCACCCACCUGAGAGGUGCUGGAACUGAGUUCUGGUGAGUUCUGGCUGAAAAAAGCCGUGGUUGUAACACUGUCUUUCCCAUCAACUGCUCUCUGGCAUCUUGGAGAGUCACUGCCAGUCAUGAGUAUACAAUUCCAGGCUGGAUGGACAAGUAGUCUGACCUGGUGGAAGGAAGCUUCCUCAGUUCCUCUUAAAAUGCCGCAGGGGCAGGGCAACACUGGCUGUGAGGCUUGGCCACACGUGAUCAACUGCUGCAACAUCUAAGAUUCCAGCAAGGACACAAAGUACCUUUGCAGCCCAUUGCCAGGUACACCCACAACCCUGGAUAUAAUGGGCCUGGAUAGAGAAAACCAGAGAAACAACUGAGGAAUUUACUAAGUCAGACCAUUUGCUCAAUACUGUCUGUUUUGGCAAACAAAAGAAGCAUCCUUCUGUCAAGAGUUUGGGUGUAACCUUUAACGCCUCCCUUUCCAUGGAGGUGCAGGUUGCAGCCACAGCAAAGGUGGCAUUUUUCCAACUCCGCCGUAUUAAGCAGUUGGUCCUUUACCUUUCUCGCCCUGAUAUGGCCACAGUGAUCCAUGAGACAGACAUCUCCAGGCUUGAUUAUUGUAACUCACUCUACGCGGGGCUGCCCUUGAAGCUGACCCAGAAACUCCAGUGGGUGCAGAAUGCCACGGUGAGGCUCCUUACGGGGUUCUUGCCACAGGAUCACAUUCAUCCGGUGCUUUACCAACUGCGCUGGCUCCCGGUGGAGUACAGGAUCAGGUUCAAGGUGCUGGUUUUGGGUUUUUUUAAAAAAUGAUAUUUAUUGAAAAUUUUUAAAAUUACAGAAAAAGACAAAGCAGAGAAAGAAAAAAGAAAAAACGGAAAAGAGGAAAAAAACAAACAAACCACAUCCAACAAUACAAAUUCAAAAAACAAAAAUACACCACAAACAGAUAAAAAUAAAACCAACAUUCUCAAAUCUUCAACUUUCAUUACCUUCUUUCUUUGACCUCCUCCUCCUCCCUUUUUUGUAUCCCAGUUAAUAAUUAUCGCAGCAAAUCCUUUCCAUAUUUCAUAAUAUUCUGUCAUUACAUUACCUUAAUCUAUUUUCAUCUUAUCUUAUAAAAAACCUUAGAACUUAAAACUUAAAUCUUAUUUUUACCCACUUCUCAUAACCAUAAUAUUCUUGCCUAAUUCUUUAAACAUUUUUGCUAGAGCCAAGUAAUUUCGUUCCAACAUUUUUCUAACAGUCAUCAAUUUUAUAAAACAAUCCUAGUGAUAAAAAAAAGAAAUAGAAACAAUCCAAUCUUCGUCCAGCGUCCCUUCCUCCUGGGUCCCGGGUUUUGUCAGUCCUUUUUAUCCCAUUGAUCUAGCGCAUUAACCUGGUAACCUUAUAUCCAAGGCCCUUAAGUCCCUUCCAUGUCCCUUCCGCAGCUCUUCUUCAUAUUCACCUUUCACUGGUGGGAACUCCAACUUGGUAAUGUUUUUGACCCUUUUCAACAAAUCAGCCCCUUUUCCAUAGUCCAGACUAAACUCCAUGUAGUAUUUAAAAACAUGUUUCAGAAUCCCUCCAAAAUUGAGAGCCCCCACAGCUCCAAACAUCUCACGGCCCAUUGCCAGACUCGGAAAGUCCAAACAUCCCUGCAUAGGGGGGUCUAUCCAACCCCCCAUUUCCAAAUCAGUCCAAACUUUAUCUUUCCUAAUCUGGCUUUUUCCAAGUUCAUUUGUCAAAUCCAAAAGCUCAUGUUCCUGCUGGGCCGCAGCUCCCUCCAUCUCUGGCGCCCAAGAUUCCGCAACAUCCUCUUCUCUCAUCUGUUCUGUCAGGGCACACUCCUGAUUUAAUUCCUGGGUGGGCUCCAUAUAGUUUCCCACUACCUGUUCAAAAAUUCUGGCCGCAUUAGUCAUCAAAUCCGUCUUCUCAGUUAACUGUUCCAGUAGAGUAUUUAUUUUACAGAGAGCACACAACAGAGCUUCUGAAUACAUUGUCCUACAAGGUCACAAGCCUUUUCACACGAUUGUAAUCUGUGACAGCUGCAAGCUCCUGGAAUUAGUUACAGUUUCCCAGUCUCCCUCUAGGGGAAAACUUCUAAUUGUUCUUGCAACAAAGUUUCCCUUUUUGAGAUAUUUUGUCAAUAUUUGUUCCUUUAAAAUGCGAAAGGAAACAGUGGAAUCACUAUGUUUCUCUUCUUUUAGCUAUCUGUCAAAAACGUUUGUCUCUGGUCAAUGAGCUUCAAACGUCAGUCCUGACACCCCGCUCCAGGAUCAGGACGGUGGAAAGUUACUUUACUUUAAACUCACUUCUGCAAAUUUAAACAGUCCGAAAAGAUCCCCUUCUUCUCCUGCUGCCGAAGGGGGGUUCGAGGAUUUUAAAUGAUGAAAGCCAAUCCUUUAGAAGCGAUUUUCUGAGCUCUAGUUUACGUUGUCUUUGCUUUGUUCUGUCUACAAAGAAACGGAAGGCUGACUUCCUGUUUAGACCUUCCCGUUUCAGUACCAAAUUGAAGUAAAUUUUUAAAUCCAAUUCCUUUCUGCUUGCAAGUCCUUAUUUAAAGUCCAAUUGUUCAAAGUUUAAGUACUCACGGGUGCUUAUUUUAGAAGCCAAAUUGUCCCAGGAAAAAGGCAGCGCUCUCCGGCAACAGCUAUGCGGCUUCGCUCCACGGAAAUAGCAGUUGACUCACAGCACCGCGCCACUUCCCCCUCUUCGCUUUGGAGCCCGUUAGUGGGUUCCUUUGUGGGUUGGGGGGGUGCUAAGGGUGCCCGCCGAGUCCCAUGGUCACAGGCUUCAUCCACCUGUGAUUUUUAAAAGGGUCCCCGCUUCGCCGUAGCGGAAAAGACCCGUUUCGCGCGGAGCUAGUCCCUCCAGUUCAGAGGGAGACCGCCAUUGCCGAUGGCGCCACCCCGGAAGUCUCCAAGGUGCUGGUUUUGACCUUUAAAGCCCUAUGCGGCCUAGGACCCUCGUACCUACGGGACCGCUUCUCCUGGUACGCCCACAGAGGACCUUAAUAACACCACAAAUAACACCACUUUGGAGGUACCGAGCCUCAAGCAGAUUAGAUUUGUUUCAACUAGGACCAGGGCCUUUUCGGUACUGGCCCCGACUCUGGUGGAACGCUCUGUCACAAGAGACUAGGGCCCUGCGGGACUUGACAUCAUUCCACAGGGGCUGCAAGACAGAGCUGUUCCGCCUGGCCUUUGGUUUGGACUCAGUCUGACCCUUAUGUCUUCCCUCCCCUUACGGUUUUGAUUUAUGGGCGACUUUUAAAAUGAGGCUGCUUUUUAAAUUGCAUAUUAACCUGUAUUUUAAGCUGGGUUGUUUUUGUUUGUUUGUUUCCCCCCCCCCCAUUAUGUUUCCAUUGUAAUCCUACUGGUGGUAGCCACCCUGAGCCCGGCUUUGGCCGGGAAGGGCAGGGUAUAAAUUUAUUAUUAUCAUUAUUACAGUGCUACCUUGGGUUACAUACGCUUCAGGUUACAGACUCCUCUAACCCAGAAAUAGUACCUCGGGUUAAGAACUUUGCUUCAGGAUGAAAACAGAAAUCGUGCUCCGGCAGCGCGAGGCCCCAUUAGCUAAAGUGGUGCUUCAGGUUAAGAACAGUUUCAGGUUAAGAAUGGACCUCCGGAACGUAUUAAGUACGUAACCAGAGGUACCACUGUAUUAUUAUUAUUAUUAUCCUCCUGCUGGUUCAGACCUAUGGCCUCUCUAGCCCAGCAUCUUGUUCUCACAGCAGCCAGCCAGAUGCCUGUGGGAAACCUGCAAGCCGGACCCAAGCCCAAGAGCUGUGGAGGGACAGCAGAGCCUCCAUUCCUACUUUAUCAUGAGGAGGUAGAGAAUCUCGAGACAAGACAAGACCUUGACUUGACCAUUCCGCCUUGAGCCUCUCAUGCAUGGAUCUCUUCAAACCUGCACAUACAACAGACUGACAAGAUCAGCCAGCACUUAUGAAAGUGAAUGAAUUCUAGCAUUACCAAUGUUCAACAUUCAUUAUGGCUAAUGGCAUAUUCUCUGCCAAUUUACCUUUUCCCUUAUUACUGAAGAACAAAGUCAACACAGCACAUUAUGUGCUGGGUAGGGAAAUUUAUAUACCGUAUAUACUCAAGUAUAAGCCGACCAAAAUAUAAGCUGUGGCAACUAAUUUUACCACAAAAAACUGGGAAAACUCAUUGACUCAAGUAUAAGCCAGUUCACCACACCACGAACCUCUUGGUGGGCCGGAGUGCAUGUGCGCGCGUGCAUGUGCACACGGCAGAAGAACUUCUCUCCCCCUCAGCCCCUCCCAUCCCCCUGUCUACCUAGGGUGCUGCUGAGAGGCAGAGGCUGGUGGCAGCAGAGGAAGAACAAGCAGCCCAAAAGGGCUGCUCGUUCCUCCUCCACCACCAUCGAUAGCGGCAAUGGCGGAGGAGGAGGAGGAAGGAGCAGCCCAAAAGGGACCCUCACUCAAGUAUAAGCCAAGGGGGCUUUUUCAGCAUAAAAAAUGUGCUGAAAAGGUUGGCUUAUACACAAGUAUAUACGGUAAAUAGGAAGGAGGAGCCUCAUUUUAGAUUAACUUGGUUAAAUAUUCUCUCAAUUAAAAAAAAAGUUUUGCCUGUAACAAUUUGUUAAAAGUGAUAAAGCUAAAAAACAACAACCCAGCAGUGAAUGACCAAAGAGAAUGGUUAGCCCUCAUUUGAUUUCUGAGCCAAGAACGCAAAAUCUCAACUCUUUUAGGGCUGGUCAAUUUUUCUGGGGGCUACUAGGUCUUCUAGAGCAUAAUUUCCAAGGUACACGCCAAGAGAAAAUUUCAAUUUUAAAUGAACUGAAGAAUUCUGUGAUCCUAAAGUAUAUCACUCACAGGGGAUACCUGUUUUGUCUCUGUGGAAUUUAGUACAGGGGUACCUCAACUGUUCUUAACCUGAAGCACCACUUUAGCUAAUGGGGCCUCCUGCUGCCGCCGCGCGAUUUCUGUUCUCAUCCUGAAGCAAAGUUCUUAACCCGAGGUACUAUUUCUGGGUUAGCGGAGUCUGUAACCUGAAGCGUAUUUAACCUGAGGUACACCACUGUAUUCUGGACUUGUCUUUCAGUCAGCAACUGUGACACACACAGAAACCAAGUGCCCACAUUCUACCAGGUAGGUUUGUGUGUGUGUGUGUGUGUGUGUGAGAGAGAGAGAGAGAGAGAGAGAGAGAGAGAGAGAUACACAUUACACUCUGAAAACCAAACCUUUUCCUCUUUCAGAGGAAUUCUAUUUCAGUGGUGAGAAGUGUGUAUCACAGGGAACAGAAGUUUAGGAAACAUUUGUCUAAAUGAGGGGUAGGGAAUGACAUGGCUCCCCAGUUCUCUUUUCUGAUGAGCAGCUUUUGCAUCUCACUUGGAAACCAAGGACCCAGAGUCAGGAAGAACAAUGGGGAGGCCAGUGUGAAGUUUCCACAGUCUGUGUUGAUUUGGGAGCCAUGUCAUCAGCUGGUGUUGGUCCACUGUGCUUCAUUCAGUCCAGGGUCAAUGCAGCUGUCUACCAGGAAAUUUUGGAGCACAGACAAGCUUUAUGGGGAUGCUGACUUCAUUUUCCAGCAGGACUUUGGCACCUGCCCACACUGCCAAAAGUACCAAAACCUGGUUCAAUGCCCAUGGGAUUACUGUGCUUGACUGGCCAGCAAACUCGCCUGACCUGAACCCCAUAGAGAAUCUAUGGGGCAUUGCCAAGAGAAAGAUGAGAGACAUGAGACCGAGCAAUGCAGAAGAGCUGAAGGCUGCUAUUGAAGCAUCCUGGUCUUCCAUAACACCUCAGCAGUGCCACAGGCUGAUAGCAUCCAUGCCACGCCGCAUUGAGGGAGUAAUUGAUGGAAAAGGGGCCCAAACCAAGUACUGAGUACAUAUGCAUGCUUCUACUUCUCAGAGGUCCAAUAUUGCUCUAUUUGCAGUCCUUGUUUUGCUGAUUUCAUUUAAUAUUCUAAUUUUCUGAGAUUGUUAAUUUGGUGUACAAUCAAUGACAAUAAAUAUCAAAUCCAUCAAAAACUGAAUUGGAUUACAGCUUAAAACAACAACAACAAAUAAAUAAAUCAAAGAACAAUCUAAUCUUUUGUGAAUGGAAUACAGUUCAGUUUUGAAGUGUUUAAAAACUCUGGGAUUUAUAAAGACACUUAACUUGAAGUACUGUAUCCAAGCUUUCAUGCUGGCAGAGAUGGCCAAAAUAUGAAGCUGCCCCACUCACACCAUUGGUCUAACCAGCAUAUUAUUAUGGUCUACUCUGACUGGUAGUUCUUCACAAUCUCACAGGUGAAAUCUUCCUUCUCCAGCACUGUGACCAAUGUUGCUUUAACCGGGGAUACUGGAGACUGAAUUCAGGCUUCUGUGCACGCAAAAUUCUCUACAAUUCAGCAAUGGCCCAUGAAACAAGGUAAAAACAGCUUUGGACACCAUUAAGGGUAGCAGAGUGAGAGACAGUAAGAUCUCUUGCACAGUUUACACUGAAAGCCACCAUUGUGUGUUUAUGCAGCUGCUACUCAUUUAAACUGGGUUUGCAACGAAGAGCUUUGUGAUGAAUUACCGUAUUUUUCGCUCUAUAGGACGCACUUUUUCCCCUCCAAAAAUGAAGGGGAAAUGUGUGUGCGUCCUAUGGAGCGAAUGCAGGGGGGAGGCAGGCAGGAAAAGCCCCCAAAAGCCGCACACAAGCUCCACGUGGCUCUUGCGGGCUUUUCCUCAGGAGGGACAAGGGACUGACGCGGCCAAUCAGUCCCUUCUCCCUCCUCGUAGAAAAGCCCACAGGAGCCGCGCGCUCCUUAAAAGGUGCACGGCUCCUGGGGGCUUUUGCGGGAGGUGGGGGUAUUGCCAUAGCCCCGCGACCCUCUCCCGGCUGGAGAGCUGGCGCACAGCUAUGGCAGCAGCCUCUUUAGUCGCGUGCCACCUCACCAGCCGGGAGAGGGUUGCGGGGCUAUGGCUUCCUUAGCCCCGCGCUCGCUCUUCUGGCUGGAGAGGUGGUGCGCGGCUAAGUAGGCUGCUGCGCGCCUUUCCGCUGCUCCCCAACCUGCUCUUUGGGGCUGGCGGUGGGCUUCCCCCCACCAGCCCCAAAGAGCAGGUCGAAAGGACUCUGAAGCCUGGAGAGCCAUAGGGUAGCCACCUGAAGGCGACUGAAGGCACCUUGAACAGCACCUUGUUUUAGAGGGGGAAAACAAGGGGGGGGGAAUUCUCCCCCUCUCUGCGCAGCACCUCCUGCUGCUUCGCUGAAGGGGCACUGGGCAGAGAGGGGGAGAAAUUUUUUUCUUGUUCUCCCCCCUCUAAAACAAGGUGUGUCCUAUUGUCCGGUGUGUCCUAUAGAGCGAAAAAUACUGUAUACUCAGGAAUCCAGUGAUUGUAGCCAGGAUUGUACCUAGUGAUAAUUAGUACUUCCUAUAACAAGAUUUAUUUAAGCAUAACCCUCCAUGCAUUCCAGAACCAGUGCUCCCAACUUAUCAAAGCCAACAGAAGCUCUUUUAGGCAAUGUUGCAGAGUUUAGUUUCCUAUAGAUGACAGAACACUGGAGAUUUAUGACGUCUUCGUAAUACUUAUUUUCUUUACAAAUCUACAAGCAGAGUAUAAAUAUAGGCAAAUAUCAGGCACUGCUCCAAGAUACCAAACCAUGCCUGUUUCUUUUUAUUAUUAUUUUUAGUGUAAACCACUCUUUCCAUCACUUCCCCCUUAGAUCUUCUUUCUAUUCUUCUAGCUAGGAAUAAUCAGUUUCCAAAUCUUGAUGGUUCUCUCCUGCAAAAAUACUCAUCUGUAUCUGCUGUUUAUUAUAUUUAAGUAAGCCUGAUCAAAGUUCAUGGGUAGGGGCAGUAUUGGAGAAUAAAAUUUGAUAAGGCACCAUCAGUAGUAUAUUAGAUUUAACUAGGCAGAAAGGGUAAAUUAUUAACCAAACUAUGGAAUUUAACUGCAUGAGGAAUUUUUGUUUUCUAGAUACUAGGAUCAAGGAAACUAGAUAAAUUAUUGUUCAGGAAAAACCAUAAACAUGCUAAGCAAAACCCUCCUGUGUCUGGUUUUUUUAGCACUAGAAACCAGCCUCUUUUAAAGUAACACCUAAAGCACUGGCUUAGCAAAUAAUCAGAUGGAAAGUGUACAGUAAUAUAAAGUUUCCAUUCCAGGCAGCAAAACCCCUUUGCCAAGAAGUAUUUUGAGGCAACAUAUAGCAAAGGAGCUGCCUAGCAGAACUAUCUAGAUGAAUGAGCAAAACUCACAGCUCAAUAUUCCAUUUUCUAUACGACAAAGUCUCUAUCAAAACUGGCUUCAGCCCAAAGCCAAUCAUGGAUCCUCUUGAAGUGAGGCAUUUUGUAUAGAACUGCUACACUGCAACCCUGCCUGCCUCCUUUGCAAGGCUUUGGAAGAAGAAGAAAUGGUUGAACACAAAGUCCAAAUGCAACCUUUCAGUUAAAGGUAACACUGUAUCUCUUAAAGUCCCCAAUGCUUUGUAAGCUUCAACUAUGCCAACAGUUUAAUAGUGUAAAAGUGUGUUCUACAGUAGACACAUUUAUCCUUCUGUUCUCUCAUUAGCACCUGAAGAAUUUCAGAGUCAACAUGUUUAGAUGGUCACCAAAUUUUGCCAAAAUGCAACAUGAGAAAGUUUAUUGAGAACUGCUUCAACAGAAGCAUCUUGAGAAAGUUUAAAUGAAAUUCUUCUAGCCAAUAUUUCCCCGGGAGUGUUCACAUGUCCCUGCUCCCAAUGCUGUACAAAUGGGGCUGGGUGGGAGUGGGGUGGGGGACACCCAACUGUUUGGAUGUAUACAUCCAAUGUGUGUGUGCCCAGCUUAGAAUCAGAGCAAGGGACUGCAACACCCCCCCCCCACCUCCGAGAAACAGGAGAGGAUAGAGAAGACGACUGCUGCAGCUUGAAACACCAGAGGUCUCCAGCAACCAAGAAAACACAACUCACACUCCUUCCUUUUUCUCUUGUUGGUCUUUUUAACCCAGAAGCAUUUAUUACAGGGUGGGAUGGAGAUGUAUCUACAGGUACAUUCUGCCACACAGGCCACCUCCGGGGGACGGGGAAGACCCCUGAAUGAACGCAUAUCAUAGUCUCAUCUCUGUUAAAAUAAAGGAACUUAAAAUACCAACAGCUUUUUAAAAAAAAAACACUUGUCAGUCAAUAAAGCUUGAACUAUGCCUAUCCAUGGAGAACAUAUCAUGGCUGGGAUAACCAAUGUGGCCUCUGCUUCAUACAGAUUAGUUCUCAUAAAGGGGGGCAUAAACAGAUUAGCAGCACUCACCCACCUCCCUGCCAUGGCCUCUAGGUCCCCCAGCAGUACAGUGGUACCUCGGGUUACAGACGCUUCAGGUUAUAGACUCCGCUAACCCAGAAAUAGUACCUCGGGUUAAGAACUUUGCUUCAGGAUGAGAACGGAAAUCGGGCUCCGGCGGCAUCCUUCAGGUUAAGAACAGUUUCAGGUUAAGUACGGACCUUCGGAACAAAUUAAGUACUUAACCUGAGGUACCACUGUAUUACCUUAUUAUCUAAAUCCAGUCAGGAGGAGGAGGCACAGAGGGACUUCCCUCCUGCUAUAGAACAGGAAUGUGAAGAGGCAGGAUCCGCACAGACUCUGUGGGCACCAGCAGCGGCCAGGGCAGACCCCCCCCCCAGGCGAGGAAGCUUCUUUGGUUUGCAGUGGGGCUAGGAGGGGAGGAGAGGAGAAAAGUGGAUGACCUCAGCACAUCAAAGCCCAUUCCUUGCAACAGGCCCUUUACUCAGAAACUCCACUCCGCCCAGGGAAGCCUGGGGACAGAGUCACCGGCUGGCCUAGCAGAGGAAGCAGCAGCUACAGGAACUUCCUCCUAAUCUCUCAGCUUUGUUAAGGAAAUGGCAGAGGCUCAAUCCACUGCACCAGAUUUGCCCAUUAGCCUGCCGAGACCAGGGCAGAGGGGCUAGAAACAGGUGGAGAUCCUGUCACAAAACGAUAACAUCCAGAGAGAGGGGCUAAGGAGAGGUGGGAGAGCAGCAAGUGAAGAUUUGUCUGUACCUCAAGGUGGGGUGAAAGUGGGGCAAGACCUGGCAGGGUGUCUGACAUAUCCCAGCCACACCGCAUCUUAAGUGUGGAACAGUUCCAGACCUCCCUGCCCAGAGCAUGAAUAAGAGAUUACCAUCGUCAAAAAGGAGGACCCGCAGCCUGCUCCCCAAAGGAGCAGAGGGCAUGGGAGAGGCUGCCAGCUGAGCAUCGACAAGCCAAUCCUGCUCACCACUGCUAGCAGCCCUUGUACUGUAACCUCCAGCCAAGAUGCAGCAAGAGAAGGCGAGAUGCUACAGGAUCUGGCCCUGGUGGUAGCUGCUUGAGGAUUACAGUUGUUUGUUGGCCUAUUUUACGUGUGUGUGUGUGUGUGUGUGUGUGUGUGUGUGUGUGUUUGUGCACGCGCCCCGGCCCCCACCCCGGCCCCCUUUGUCUCCAGCUGGGUUCUGCUGGCAGCUAAGCAGCCCUAGCUUCAAGCAGCCUCUGGCUUGUGAAGAAGGCCAACACCAAGAGGCUCCUGCAGAGUUCUUGCCUGGCAGCUCCUUGCCUGCCAGUAGGCUAAUAACAGGACUCCCAGGAAGCCCACCCGCAGCACAGGCUGCCAAUCCACUGCCAGGUGCUGUGGAUCAAGCUCAGGGCAUCCUCGCACUUCUUCCAGACAGAGCUGUCCUGAAUCGGCUUGUGCAGAAGGUUGACCUGGUAGGUGCUUUUCCACAUAGUGUCCAACACCAGAAGGAACUUCUCCAGUUCCACUGUGCAGCUAAAAUAGAGCACGCAGGAGGGCAGGUACAGAUUGCAGUCCUGGGCAAAUUCCAAGAUACAGUAUUCCUGGCCAGCCUCUGUAGAGACAAAGACCAUGCCUGCCAACUUAGCAGUGGCCAGCAAUUGAUACAAGAUGAAGUUGCUGAGGACCAGGUAGCAGUCUUCCACUUCUCCUUGCCCAGGUAGUUGGUGCCUGCCUUGUAGUUCAGGGUGCCUUAUUUUGUGAUGGGGUGCUCAGCCAUCAUGUAGCCCAAGGGGACCAGUCCUGAAGUCAUGUCCAUGGGGUCUUCCCAGUGGAUCAGGCCAUAGAAGCAGACUAUCACACCCAAGGUCUCUUGCUUAGAUUCCUGAGCCACAAACUUGGCCAGUGCCAACUUCUCCAUGGCAGUGUCCGGCAGGGUGCUGGCACAGGGUGGCUUCCAGCAAGCAACCUUUGAACAUGGAUGACUUGAGGUACACCAGGAAAAACUUGGUCAGGGUGAUGUCAGCCAUGUCCAUAAGGAAUUGCUUCCUGAGGUUGGUGAAGACCAAGUUCCUCAUCUGUUGAUCCAGGCCCAAUGAGAUCCAGUCCUCCUCAUUAUAGGAAACUGCCUCCUCUACCAUGUCCGGCUUUUCAGUGGCUCCUUUGCGGCAGAGGUAGAUGUAGCAGUCAGUCAGCAGCACAUAGAAAAGCUAGAAGUUCCCCUCCAUGUGCCCAGAACUGAUGAGGAUCAUCCAGAACAGCUACUCCUCAUUCUCCAAAACAUGGAACAUCAGAAGCAAAAAGUAGCUGUUGUCUACCCUGAACUCGGGAGGGGUGGGUUGUCUCGGAAGGGCUUCCCUGGUUGUCUUCUCAUGGCGCUGCUUGGAGAGGGGCUGGCCCUGUCUCCCCUUAGCCUACUGAGGGCCUCCACACUCACCGCCUCUACCUCCUGAAGAAGCUGAAGAAGGUGCAAAAAGGGUUUUCUUGUGUGUGUGUUUCUUUGUGGCUGAUUAGCUGCUCUCCCUGUGCAAAGAUCAGAGGGGGCAGGGUUUCUGUUGAGGCAGGUGAUUAGCUGUGGGAGGAGCUUAUCAGAGCUUGCAGGGCAGCGGCGCGCGCCUAGCGGCGCACGCAGUUUGAUCCAUCUUUUAGAUUUAGGGGAGCUAGUCUCAAACGUUUGUUGGGGGAGACCUAGGUUUUUUGGGGGGGGAGUUAUUUGUCCUGUCUUCACACUUUUUAUGAUGGAGGACCACUGUAGCCACCCCCAACGACACGUUCUCAAGAUAGAGGGGGAGGGAACAGCUGCAGUCGCCUGCGGUUCCUGCGCAAUGUUUGCCAUCUUGCCAAAGGUUGCAGGCAGCUUUACCUGCAGCAAUUGCAUGUUGAUUGCCCUCGCUCCAAAGAAUUAGAGAGCUGGAGCUCUUCUUGGAAGCAACAGAGCACACUGUCUCCACCAAGGAGGAGACAGGGGACUCCCCUGAGAAGGAGGCUAGUUCACCAACACAGGAGCCAGAUAUAUGGAGAAACGUAACUCAAAGAAGUAGGAGGCCCAGGGUUCGCUCUGAUUGUUUAGAAAUACACAAUCGCUUUGAGGUCUUCUCCCCUAGCAUGGAAGACGAAGAGCAGACUCCAUUUGAGGAUCUCUCCCUCAUUACAGUCGAUCAGGUAUAUGAAGACGAGCAGCAAAGUCAGUCCUCAGGGAAUGUGCAGGCGACCUUGGAACGGACAGCUCACGGAAGAACCCCGACCAAACCUAAGAGGAGGCAUGUAGUGGUGAUAGGGGAUUCCCUACUGAGGGGAACAGAAGCAGUGAUCUGUGGGCCUGACAAGAUGUCUCGGGAAGUGUGCUGUCUCCCCGGGGCUAAGAUCCAAGAUGUAACUGAACGACUGCAAAGAAUCAGACAACCCACAGCCAAAUACCCCCUCCUCUUCGUUCAUGUGGGAACCAAUGACACUGCAAGCAAUAGCCUCCAGAAGAUCAAAAGAGACUACGAGGCUCUGGGCAGGAAAUUGAAGCAAUUAAAUGCAGAAAUUGUCAUCUCAUCUGUCCUCCCAGUGGAACAAUGUGGCCCAGGGAGAGAGGGAAAAAUAGUGGAAGUGAACAGCUGGCUUCGCAAAUGGUGUAAACAGGAACGGUUUGAAUUCUUAGAUCACGGACUGCAGUUUCUUGAAGAGUGACUUCUGGCAAGCGAUGGGCUGCACCUCACAACAGAUGAGGGAGGAAUGUUUUUGCCAAAAAUCUCAGAAACCUCAUCAGGAGGGCUUUAAACUGACUAAUGUGGGGGAGGGAGACAGUGCUCCUGAAGGUAGGAGUCUAUCAACUGAUGAAGAUGAUCAUCCAAAUGUCCAAAUGUCAUAGACCAAAUGGAGCAAACAGCACGCAGACCUAGUGGUGGGAGGAAAAAAUCCUUAAGUAAGAGUCACGGGGGAAUGAUUAAUGGACUUCAAUGUCUGUACACUAAUGCGCAAAGCAUGGGAAAUAAACAAGAUGAGCUUGAGCUCUUGGUACAGCAAACUAAAUAUGACAUAAUAGGCAUCACUGAAACCUGGUGGGAUAAGUCCCACGAUUGGAAUGUAAUAAUGGAGGGAUACAAUCUAUUUCAGAGAAACAGACCAGACAAGAAAGGAGGAGGAGUGGCGUUAUAUGUCAGGGAUGUGUAUACCUGUGAAGAGAUCCAAGAUUUAGAACCUCAAAGCCAAAGUGAGAGCAUUUGGGUCAAAAUUAAGGGAGAGAAGAAUAACAGUGACCUCAUUGUGGGAGUUUACUAUAGAUCCCCAAGCCAAACGGAGGACGUAGAUGAUGCCUUCCUGGAACAGAUGGCCAAGCAUGCAAAAGGAAGGGAGAUAGUAGUAAUGGGGGACUUCAAUUACCCGGAUAUUUGUUGGAUGUCAAACUCGGCCAAGAGCAUAAGGUCAAACAGAUUCCUCACUGGCCUUGCAGACAACUUCAUUGUCCAGAAAGUGGGAGAAGCAACAAGAGGAACAGCCAUUUUAGAUCUGGUCCUAACCAAUGUUGAUGACCUGGUUAGUGGGGUAGAAGUGGAAGGAUCAUUAGGCGCGAGUGAUCAUGCUCUUCUGAAGUCAAAUCAAAUCAAAUCAAAUUUAUUAAACGGUCACAGACCAGAUUAACUCGUACAGCUAGUCAGCGAAGCAUAACACCGGAAAAAACAAAGGACAAUUUCAAUACAUAACUGCAAUUUAAAAUUAGACAGCAUAAAUAAAAAAUUAAGUAUUUGCCUUCGCCUGCGUAAUGACAUUGGAAAGCUCUUGUUUCCUGCACCUAAUAGCGGCUACACAAAAUUUGGCCACAUUGAUCGUAAUUUCAGAAACCUUAUCUUCUACCAAGGCUCUCAUACGUUGGAGUUCUGGUUCAUUUUUAAGCUUUUGUAGAACUGGGGCAAUAAAGGUCAAGCGUAGAUCCUCAUAGUAACUACAGUGCAGCAAUACAUGCAGACUUGUUUCCACUUCCGAUGAGCCACACGGGCAAACACGUGACUCAUAUGGUUUGCCCUCAUAUCUGCCUAGCAGCAGGGCAGAGGGCAGAACGUUAAAUCUGGCCAGGGUAAAGGAGUGUCUGUACUUAGGUAUUUGUAAAUCAGCCAAAUAAUUUGCGGGUGAGAACCCUCUCCCAAAGUCUCUAAUUAUGGCAUGUUUAUCCAUUUUGCCCAUAUGACAUUGCAGCUCUAUGUCCCUAAUGCGUUGGAGCACUUGACUUCUGGCUCUCUCAUAUCCUGCCGCUAUCAAGAUCUGUGGGGAGAAUCCCAAGCUUCUUAUCUUUUCAAACAGGGAAGCUUUCCAGGUGGAAUGAAAGGUGUCUAAGAGUGUUAAAGGAGCCAAACCGGCCAGGAAAAAAAAUAAGUUUUAACCAGUAGUGUAUCUUUAGAAUCCACAGCCGCGCAUUAACGGGUGGUUGUCCAACUUCUAAGCGGACAGCUAUAUUAGAUACACAGGGGGAUCCCAAUAAACACCGAUAGAAUUUUGUUUGAAAUGCCUCCAUAGGCGCAAAUUUUUAAAACUGCAAACCUGGGAUCCAUAAGUAAGUUGUGGGAGUAUUUUUGCAGCAAAAACCUGGGAGGCCGCCGGAACGUAUUUACCCCCUUUCCCGUGAAAAAAUCUUGUAAGGGCUUUAUUAGCCCUUCCUGCGUUGGCAAUGGCGUUUUUCAUCUGUUGAUGCCACGAGACCCUUUCCUGAAAAGUUAUUCCCAGGUAUUUGAAAGUUGCUACCUGGUCAAUAGGUUGACCAUUAAUUCUCCAUUUGUGUUUCCUUCUUUUUUUUGAAAACACCAUAAUAGUAAACUUCAGAAGAGAUCUCGGUGGGACCUCUUCUGAAGUUUACUAUACAGAGGGAAGGAGCAGCCAAGCAUACUAGGACUCAAUUUCUUGACUUUAAGAAAGCCGACUUCAUAAAACUUAGGGAAGUGCUGGGUGAGAUCCCAUGGACAGUAAUACUAAAAGGAAAGGGAGUUCAUGAUGGCUGUGAGUUUAUUAAGAGGGAGAUAGUAAAAGCACAACGUCAGGCAAUACCAAUGAGACAGAAACAUGGAAGGUGCCUAAUGAAGCCAGGGUGGCUAUCUAAAGAACUUUUAACUGAGUUAAGAUUAAAAAAGGAUGUGUACAAAAAUGGAAAAGGGGGAAACCACCAAAGAGGAAUUCAAACAAAUAGCCAGCACGUGUAGACACAAAGUUAGAAAAGCUAAAGCACAGAAUGAACUCAGGCUUGCUAGAGAGGUUAAAAGCAACAAAAAAGGCUUUUAUGGGUAUGUUCGUAGCAAAAGGAAGAACAAAGAAACAGUGGGGUCACUCAGAGGAGAAGAUGGUGAAAUGCAAACAGGGGACACAGAAAGAGCUGAACUCCUCAAUGCCUUCUUUGCCUCAGUCUUCUCCGAUAAAGAAAACAAUGCCCGACUUGAAGAAUUUGGAGCAAAUGAUUCAGCAGAGGAAACACAGCCCAGAAUAACUAAGGAGAUAGUACAAGAAUACUUGGCUAGUUUAGAUGUAUUCAAGUCUCCAGGGCCAGAUGAACUGCAUCCAAGAGUAUUAAAAGAACUGGCAGAUGUGAUCUCAGAACCACUGGCAGUCAUCUUUAAGAAUUCCGGGAGAACAGGCAAAGUCCCGGCAGACUGGAGGAGGGCAAAUGUCCCUAUUUUCAAAAAGGGGAAAAGAGAGGACCCAAAUAAUUACCGCCCAGUCAGUCUGACAUCAAUACCAGGGAAGAUUCUGGAGCAGAUCAUUAAGCAAACAGUCUGUGAGCACCUAGAAAGGAAUGCUGUGAUCACCAAUAGUCAGCAUGGAUUUCUGAAAAAUAAGUCACGUCAGACUAACCUGAUCUCAUUUUUGACAGAAUUACAAGCCUGGUAGAUGAAGGGAACGCAGUGGAUGUAGCCUACCUUGAUUUCAGCAAGGCAUUUGACAAGGUGCCCCAUGAUAUUCUUGUAAAGAAGCUGGUAAAAUGCGGUCUUGACUAUGCUACCACUCAGUGGAUUUGUAACUGGCUGACUGACCGAACCCAAAGGGUGCUCAUCAAUGGUUCCUCUUCAUCCUGGAGAAGAGUGACUAGUGGGGUGCCACAGGGUUCUGUCUUGGGCCCGGUCUUAUUCAACAUCUUUAUAGACGACUUGGAUGAUGGACUCAAGGGCAUCCUGAUCAAAUUUGCAGAUGACACCAAACUGGGAGGGGUGGCUAACACCCCAGAGGACAGGAUCACACUUCAAAACGACCUUGACAGAUUAGAGAACUGGGCCAAAACAAACAAGAUGCAUUUUAACAGGGAGAAAUGUAAAGUAUUGCACUUGGGCAAAAAAAAGGAGAGGCACAAAUACAAGAUGGGGGACACCUGGCUUGAGAGCAGUACAUGUGAAAAGGAUCCAGGAGUCUUGGUUGACCACAAACUUGACAUGAGCCAACAGUGUGACGCGGCAGCUAAAAAAGCCAAUGCAAUUCUGGGCUGCAUCAAUAGGAGUAUAGCAUCUAGAUCAAGGGAAGUAAUAGUGCCACUGUAUUCUGCUCUGGUCAGACCUCACCUGGAGUACUGUGUCCAGUUCUGGGCACCACAGUUCAAGAAGGACACUGACAAACUGGAACGUGUCCAGAGGAGGGCAACCAAAAUGGUCAAAGGCCUGGAAACGAUGCCUUAUGAGGAACGGCUAAGGGAGCUGGGCAUGUUUAGCCUGGAGAAGAGGAGGUUAAGGGGUGAUAUGAUAGCCAUGUUCAAAUAUAUAAAAGGAUGUCACAUAGAGGAAGGAGAAAGGUGGUUUUCUGCUGCUCCAGAGAAGCGGACACGGAGCAAUGGAUCCAAACUACAAGAAAGAUGAUUCCACCUAAACAUUAGGAAGAACUUCCUGACAGUAAGAGCUGUUCGACAGUGGAAUUUGCUGCCAAGGAGUGUGGUGGAGUCUCCUUCUUUGGAGGUCUUUAAGCAGAGGCUUGACAACCAUAUAUCAGGAGUGCUCUGAUGGUGUUUCCUGCUUGGCAGGGGGUUGGACUCGAUGGCCCUUGUGGUCUCUUCCAACUCUAGGAUUCUAUGAAAUCAAUGGAAAAUGUUACAGCCAUGUUACAGAUUGGUUACAAUACCAUCAGUUACAUGAAAUGUUUAAAUUAGAUAGAAAGAAUCGUUUUUCAGACCAAAGCUCAUAGUUCAAAAAAGAACUCCUACAAAACAAAGAAACUUUUGUCUAAAAUGUAUAACCUGUUACUAGAAUGGGAAACAAAAGACGAGCUAGUUAAAGCCUCAAUGACACUGGGCAAUAGAUAUAGGACACAAUAUAGAUUUUAACCUCUGGGGAAAACUCUGAAAAAGUGACUUGAAAUUUGCAGCAUGUUAUUCUUUGAAGGAGAACUACCUGAAAAUGAUUCACAGAUGGUAUUUAACUCUGAGUAGGCUUGCUAAGAUGUACAAGACAGAAGCAGAUAAGUGCUGGAGGGGUAAAGAUGCAGAGGGAAAGAGGAUAAAAGAGUAUUGGGAAAUGAUCUAUAAUGAGUUGAAGAAAAUGUUUUAAAGUACUUUCCUCCCAAAACCCCAGAGUCCUUUCUGUUGGGAAUAAUUCAGACUGAAAUCCCCAGGAGUCAGAAAAGGUUAUUUAUGUAUGCAAAGACUGUAGCCUAUGUUUUGUUAGCCCAAAAAUGGAAAACGAGUGAGUUCCCAAACAAAGAAGAGUGGCAACAAAUUGACAGAAUAUGCACAACUUGCAGACUUAACAUAUAGAACAAGAGAACAAGAAGAACAUCCGUUUAAAGAAGAUUGGAAAACGUUUACAGUGGUACCUUGGUUCUUGAACGGCUUAGUUGUCGAACAACUCGGAACACGAACGUUGCAAACCAGAGUCCUUUCUGUUAGGGAUAAUUCAGACUGAAAUCCCCAGGAGUCAGAAAAAGGUUAUUUAUGUAUGUAACGACUGCGGCCCGUGUUUUGUUACCCCAGAAAUGGAAAACAAAAGUAAGUGUUCUGGUUUGCAAACUUUUUUCAGAAGCUGAACAUGUGAGUGCUGGACUUCCGAUUUGAAUGUUGUGCUUCCCUUCUGAGCGCCACGCUGAGAUCUGUCGGCUGGCGAGUCCUGAGCACCAAGCAACGUGGAGGUGAUAUUUGGAGCUUAUUGGUGCUUUUGUUUUUGCUAUUUAUUUUGCAUUUUUGUUUUGGGGGCUUUUUUGGCUAAUUUGUUUUUGUGACUGUGGAACCCAAUUCAGUGGUCUUGUUAGUAAAAUUAAUGUUAAAUUGCUGUUUUAGGGGUUGUUUUUAAAAGUCUGGAAUGGAUUAAUCCAUUUUGCAUUACUUUCUAUGGGAUAGCACGCCUUGGUUUUGGAACACUUUGUAAAUUGAACAGACUUCAGGAACAGAUUAAGUUUGAGAAUCAAGGUACCACUGUAUUGAAUAUACGGAAAAUAAUUGUGUACAGCUGAAAAUGCUGGCAGUGUUAAGAUAAAUUCAACAGUGUAAAUAAGUUUUGAUGGAUGCAGUAAUGAAAAACUGAUGGAUAUGUUUUUUUGUAAAAUAUACAGGGAUUUAAGAUAUGUAAAAUGAACCAUGGAAAGAGAAGAAGGGAAGUCAUUGAUAUCUAAAGGAUGUAAAAUGAAUAUUUGAAAUUGUAAAACAGAAAAUUUAAUAAAAAUUAUAAACAAAAAAAAAGAUGUUUAAGAUAUUUCUGCACACUUUCAACCUGUCAGUGGACAGAUAACUUCAUUCUAGGAUGCCUAUUGUUUUACACUAUCCAUAAAGCACUUCCUGCCCCACCUAUAAUCUUAACAUUUUGUACAGUUCAAUGAAACCUUUUCUGCCAUAGACAAUCCCUGUCACUACCUUUAACUAAGAAGAAAACACUAUCUGAUGGGUAGAAAAACGCUACCAGAAGGUGCUUGGACCCUUCUGCCCUCACAAAGUCCCUCCUGAGCCACAAACAAGCCCUUCCACACAGAGUCCUUUCUAACUGCUCACUGUCAGUAUUUAAUUCCCCCCACCUCUAACUGGGUGUACUCACGAACUGACUGGUUGCUGGGUCCCCAAGAAGCAGACCCAGUGCCUGUCCAUCACACUCGCCCUUUCAUGGCAUGUACCAUACUUUUCUGUCUAUAAGACACCCCCAUGUAUAAGACGCCCCCUAUUUUGGGGGGCUAUAAUUUAAGAAAAUGUGGGGAGAUGGCUAUAUUACCAGAGUUGCUGAGCUUUUGGGGGGGGGGUUGCCCAAGGUUCUUGAGCUUUUGUUGUGGGGGGGGGGGAAUGCAGAAAAUCACUAACCCUAAAGACAAGAGCUCAGAAUCGCUUGCAUCGCAGAAGGCGACAAGUGUCCAUUCGCAAACACAAGCCAGAAACCAAACACCCAAUUGCCACAACAGCAGCCAAUCCAAAGCAGCCCUUGACGCAGCCAACCAUCACUCCCAAAUUGCCGCUUACAAGCUGCAGCUUGCAGCGGCAACCAAUCACCUGGUCUCCCAAUGUACUGCCUGUGUGUUAGACAAGCCCCGUAUUUAAACACUAUUUUGGAGUAAAAAUCCCUUGUCUAAUACAUGGAAAAGUACAGUAUAUUGUUGCUCACCACCCCAGUCUCCAAGCAGUAGGAGCAUCGAGGGGUUCCAGCCACUUGCCCAGGGCUCGGUGCCCUUGAAUGGGGGACAAUGGAGACCGUGGCAUCAUUAGAUGGUUUAUUUAAACAUACAUACAACCUGAGCCUGCGAUGGAGAGGCUCCCAGCAUUAACAGCCCAGGAGGGCUUGCUUCUCCCCUAGCCACAGCCUCGGAUUCCAGCAGAAAUCAGGCAUGGCUCUGUCUCCCUACUGCCCAGCCUGCAGACUUGCUACUAGCUUCUACCUCACAUACAACUCAACUCUAAAACGCUGACCUUUGUCUUUCUAACUACCAGCACCUUGAGGGAGGAGGACCCCCCCCCCCCAUUUGCCGUCUGGCACAGAACCACUUCCUUUGUUAACCUGUGUUUAGAGGGCAAUUGUCUCCCCAGGAAGCUAGCAUGGCUUUCGUGGGAAUUUAAUCUGUACUGGAUCCAGGAUUUAGAAGGGGCCUCCCCCCCCCCCGACUCAUAACAAUAUAUACACAAACUCCACACAUGUAUGUAUAUCCUCCCUGUCCCUCACACACAGCUCAUCCAUGCCUCCCUCCCUCCCUCUCACUCCCCCCACUAUCACAAACCCCACAUGUACCUCUCUUCUGCACAGGUGACUCCUGCAGACACUUUCCUAUGCAGACCAGCCCCCUCUCUCCAUCCCCACAGAUCAUGGACCUGCUCACACAGCUGAGGCCUGUGUCACAUGCUGUACAUGUCCCUUUAUGACUGUCCCCCUUGCCCCCACAAGUAUAUAUACCUUUCCCCUCUUUCUUUCAGACGUAUGUGCUUCUCUGAAACUAGUUGCACUCUUCCCCCCCCCCCAUCUCACAGGCCCCUCUCACAAGCAUACAGGCAUGCCCUUCCCCAGCACACACCCCUCCCUCUUUUACAUCCCCCCAUAUAUUUCACUCAUUUACACAGAUCAUGCUGCAUAUGCAUGCACACACACACCUCACAAACUUGCUGUUUACACAGCUGAUAAACCCUGGCCAAUGAAAACAAUGUACAUGUAGAUGAAAAAAUAUGGCCAGUUAAAACUAUGUAGUACAAUAGGAAUUGGGGGGCAAUUAGCUUGUUCAAUAAAUGUGAAGAAGAUUAAAAUAAAAAUUAAAAAAAUCCUUCAGUGCUGGCAUGGUUAAGACCUGUGCAGUGCAUUAUGACAGUCCUGACCCCUGAACCUGGUCCUUAUUAUGCAAUUCAACAGUAUGACCUCAAUCUGUUGUCAGAAAAGAAUUAAUUGGGUGCAGACCAAGGAUAGUUAUUCUUGAGUUUACUCUGGAGCUCAGAGACCACCAGUGAUUCAUCUCCUACAGUAAACUGCUAGCCUGGGAGUGGGCAGGUACCAUGCUUUUCUGUGUAUGGGACAUACAGAAGCCUCUUUGUCUCUUUCCCUUCAACAAUCAAGGCCUUCAUCUUGAAGGCUACCUUCAAUAUUAAGGAAGGCCACACUUAACAAUAGUGCACAGACUCUUAAAAGAGCCCCACAGUGUGUGUUUAGCACAUUAGAAGACACUGAUUUUGUAAUAACAGGAGCAGCAGCAGAUGUUUCUUUUAAAGUCAAGGUGAUGGGAGGUGCCAUUGUUCCUCUGAUGUAAUUUUUGUGGCAAGCCAAGUGGCUGUAAUUGGGGAAAUUGUAGGAAAAGUGCAAGUAAUAAGCUUGAAUGGGGAACCCUUUAAUUUAACCUGGUUAAAUCCAGGUCACAAUCUAAUGCAGAGCUUCUGACUCUGCCAAUUAUCUACAGACAGGGUAGCCAAUGUGGGGCCUGCAGAUAUUGCUGGAUUCCAACUCACAUCAGACCCAGCGAGCAGAGUCAACGAUCGGGAAGGAUAGAAGGUGGAAUCACUAGAGGGGAUGCUGCUGUAGAUGUCUCUAAUUAUAAUUAACUGCAUUUACAUGCUUCCCACUUAUAUAUAUAUAUAAUGAGGCCAUUUUAAAGUUGAAAUGCACAGCCUACCAUCUUACAUGGUCUCCCAUCAACAGAUGCUUUAUAUGAUAGAACCUAACCACUACAUCUUUCUGUACUGAAGAAUCUGCAAUAGAUUAUGACAGGAAUUGUCUGUGUAGCUUUUAUGGGUUUAAAAAGCUGGAGAAGAGGUUUAUGAGAUGGAGAAAGCCCCUGGUUUUCAGACGUACUUUGGGUCGACCAUUUACAUAUCAUCGUAUGUAUAAAACUGUUUGGAGGGGGGAGAUGGCGGAGAGAAAGAAAGACAUACAUUCACUUUGUACAUUUAAGUAUGGCUUCCUGCAAAGAAUCCUGGGAACUGCAGUUUGUUAAGGAUGCUGGGAGUUGGUCGCUCUCCAAGGGAUCUUCUAAUAACUUUUAGUACCUUAACAAACUACAGUUCCCAGGAUUGUUGGGGGGAAGCUAUGGCUGUUAAGUUAACGUGACACCAGAGGGCUUUAAAUGUGUCGUGUGGGUGAAACCAGAGAGAGAAGGUGGCCCAGCCCUCCUUCCUCACCCACCACUGUAGAAAGAGAAAAGGUUGCCGGCCCCGGGUUAGGGGAUGUCCCAUAGCUCCAGGGUGGAGAACUGUGGUGAGAAAACAUGUAAUGUUCAAUGGAAAUAAUCUUAGGAAGCCGAAGCCUUGAAGAAUUUCUGCUAGUCAGCACAAUCAAUACUAGUGGGCUAGUUGGACCAAUGAUCUGGCUUGCCAUUUUACAGGGGUGGCUGGCUGGUGCCCAUUAGCAGGCAGAACCAGCACUUGGGUUUCCCCCAAUGCUCUUCCCAGCUGAAUCCUACAAUGACAACACUGGUGCUAAGGAGGAGGUGGCGGCAGCUCCUUGGACAGGUCGUCAGUAAGGCAGGUGGGUGGGAGCAGGCUGAAAACAGACUGAGAUGCCUGGGGGCCGUACGCCAUUUGCCCAAAAGGACCAACCACAGCAUAUUUAUAUGACAUGUGGAUGAAUAGGCUUAGGAUUUUAUAUAAGUUAAGUGAUGAAUCAAUAUGUAUAAUUUCAAAAGGUAAAGAUUGAAAGAUGUUAAAGCUACAGAUAAAUUUUAUAAGAACUGUGAUCUGGAAAACCGUUAAAUGGAUAUGCAUGGAAAUUCAACCAAGGGGAAGCGAGGAAGUCACUUAACAGUGUUAAUGAGUAUAAUUUCUAAUAAGAUUAUGAUUUGUGUCUUGUUUGUUUAUAAUUUUGUGAAAAUUAAUAAAAAAAAUAGGGGGGGGAUAUGACAUGUGGAUAAGGAAGCUGGUUCUCUGACGUGUCCUGAGAAGUAUUGCCUAGUGUCCCCAGGUAAUCUGGCUGGUGUAUAGAUCGGCGGGGUGGGGGACGGAUGGACGGACCUCUGGCUUGCAGUCCUCAGAACUCUCAAGGCUGCACCACUCACUGGUCCUUCUCCAUACCCGCUUUGAGUGUUUUUGUUUGGCUAUAAUGUGUCCUUGAACACUAAUACAGUGGUACCUUGGGUUACAUACGCUUCAGGUUACAUACGCUUCAGGUUACAGACUCCGCUAACCCAGAAAUAUUGCUUCAGAUUAAGAACUUUGCUUCAGGAUGAGAACAGAAAUUGUGCUCUGGCGGCGCAGCGGAAGGCCCCAUUAGCUAAAGUGGUGCUUCAGGUUAAGAACAGUUUCAGGUUAAGUACGGACCUCCAGAACAAAUUAAGUACUUAACCUGAGGUACCACUGUAAUGCCUCAUGCUUGUCUGGAUGGAGAAUAGAGAGCUGUGACAGUGUAAGGAAGCUAGUCUAUUGUACAACCGUAAAAAUUGCAUUACUUUCUCCACCCACUUUCACCUCUGGCCCCCCACCAGAAAGUUGCUUGGGAGUGUGGCUUUGGACAGAAAAAUAUUCCCCAUCCCUGCAGUAUGGCAGGAGACCAGCCACUGCUAUGGAUGUGGCUCAGCUGUGGAGCAGCAAGGUGUGAAGGAGCUGCCUUGGCCUGGCAACGGUGCCUAGGGGAACUUUGGGACAACGCAGUGUGCAUUAACUUGCCAGCACAGCCACAUCAGCCUGACGUAAGAGCCUUGCUGGAUCCGGCCAAAGGCUCCUAGAAUCCAGCACCCUGUUCUCAGAAUGGUCUGUCAGGUGCCUACGGGAAGCCUGUAAGCAUGACCGGAGUGAAACACCACUCUCCCCGCUUGUGAUUUUCAGAGCCAUGUUGCCUCCAACAGAGAACAUUACAAUUGUGGCUAGGAGUCACUGAUUGCUCUAUCCUCCAUGAAUUUGGCUAUCCCAAGUUGGUGGCCAUCAUUACAUUUUGCCAGACAAAUUCCAUAGUUUACCUAUGUGCCGUAUGAAUAAGUACUUUCUUUUGGGCUGUCCUGAAUAUUGCCACAUUCCGCUUCAUUGGAUGACCUCAGGUUCUAGUAUUAUGAGGACAAAACCUUUUGUCUACUUUCUCCACACCUUUGCAAAACCACCAGCAUGCUUUCCCCCUCUAAACUGUGAAGCCUCCCAGAUGCUGCAACCUUUCCUCAUACUGGAGUUGCUGUAGCCCUUAAAAAAAUUUCUUGUCCUUUCCUGCACCCAGAUAUAAAAAUGUGACAUGAACUGCAAAUGAACCUGUCUCUUCGCUGGUGCCAGCUCUGCUUUUCUGACUUGCAGAUACUUUUUUCUUUUUACUUUAACACAAGAGGGAGCAUUUCAAAACAGAUCCCUUGCCCCUCUGCCCCACUUGCCGUCACAUGCUGCAGAAUGAGGGGGUAGAACUGGUGAGAUCGCUUCAGGCUAAUGGUGGAGAAUCACCUUACUGAAUUCUCCACUAUGCAAAAACCACAUCCACUCCCUGGAAGUAGCUCAGCAGGGAGGGCUUAAACAAGAACUGUUUGUGUGUGUUCUUUCUUUCUUUCUUUCUUUCUUUCUUUCUUUUGAGAGUAUUCGGAAUGAAUGUCUUGCCUGCCACCUGAAGAGGUGCAAUCCAUUUUACCAUCUCUCAGCAUACACCACCACCCCUGCCUGCAGACAAGGCCUCGCUCAGGCAGUGCACCUCUUGGCCUGAAACAUGGGGCUGGUUGGGUAGCUCAGCUGGCAAAGAAGGAUACUCUUAAUCUCAGGGUCAUGGGUUUGAGCCCCAGGUUGGGUAAGGAGAUGCAUUUUCCAGAUAAACUAAGUAUUUCACAGGCUUAAACAUAGUAGUACAGGCACAGCUCCUGUUAAACUUCCUUUACUCAAAAUCAGUUGUUACACUUCAGUUUCUGUUACUCCUUUCAGUGGUGAAGCUGCAUGCUCUGGCGGGGGGGGUUGUGGAGGGCAGGUGGGAGCGUGGCUGGCGGCCCUGGGGCGUGGCAUGGGUCCUGGGGGCGUGGCAUGCUGCUUGCAGGGGGUGGCGCUUGGUGCAGUGGGGGUGCGCCACGCCCCCAGGAUGCAUGCCACGCCCCCACGGGGUGUGUGGCUGCAAUGGUACCCCCUCCCCGUUGGUGCUGGGGGGGUGAGCUCCCCCCGCCCCUCCGCCAGUGACUCCUUUCUAGGUCCUCACUCUUAGGUCAGGCAGAUGCUUCAAGUCAAUGCUUUCAACAAAGUUGAAAUUCCACUCCUGAGGUGCCCCAGCUGGUAUAAGACCCAGGGGAUGCCCUCGCCCAAAGGGGUCUUCUGUACCUAGAAGCACUCUCCCUUCCUGGCUAGACUGAGAGCCAGGGGUCCUAUAGUCCCACAACUUCUCCCUCUCCCACUUUUUCCUUUUGUUAGUCACUUUGUGUUGGACAUUAUUAUUAUGGGAUAGCUUGGUCAGUAGAGGGUCGUGGGUUUGAGUCCCACACUGGCCAAAAGAUUCCUGCUUUGCAGGGGGCUGGACUAGAUGACCCUCGUGGUCCCUUCCACCUCUACAAUUCGGUUAUUCUAUAUUUAUUUAUUUACAGUCCACCUUUCCCCAGACCUGGACUCAAGGUGUAUUAUAACACAAAUAAAAUACAAAAACUAAAAACCAUGUAAAAUGGUUUAAAAAGCAAUUAGUAGGAUUUCAGCAACAUAAAAUCAGAUCUUCUAAAAUGCAUAGCACUGUGAAAAGCCCUUUUUUUCUUUUCUGAAAAGGCGUGACGACUAGAGCAGCCUCUCCGCCAGGCGCCCCCGCCGCCCCGGGGGACAAGCCCGGCUGCUGCGGCCCCGGGAUCGCGGGGAGAUGGGGGCGCGGGGCGAGGCAGGCCUUGGCAUCGGGGGGGGGCCGGGGGUUCCUGGGAGGCGCCCCCCCCCCCGCAGCCUGCCAAGGGACCAAAGUCCAGCGCCUUUGUUGGGUAAAGCAAAGUGCCGCAAAAGAUUACUAUUCUUAUCAUUAUUAUUAUCAUCAUCGAGAGCGCCCCCCCCCGCGGCCCCGCCUCCCCUCGAGGCGCCACGCGGGACCGGCUCUUCGAGUGGGCGGGGCCCAUGCAAAUCAGAGCCCGAGUUCCCGAGCCGACGAAUAGGAGCGGGCGGGGGGGGGGCAGCGGAGGCGGGGCGCCCUCCUUCCCCGAAAGGCGCAUGCGCGGCGGCGGCCCGUCACUCUCUCCUCCGGCCCGUCAGGCGCCGCUUCUUCUCCGCGCGGCCUUCGCUGAGGGAGCCGAGCGGCCGGCGGGACACGCGUCGAGGGCUGGCCGUGCUGCGGGGACGUGACACGCGUCGUGAGGUAGAGCGGGGCGGGCGGGCCAGGGCCGAGGGGAGGCCGGGCGGGGCCCUUCGCCUGGGCUCUUCAGACGUGCCGCAUCCAUACACGUGUCAUGCUGCCCCCGGGGCCUUCCCUCGGGGUCGCGCGCUCCGCCCCCCCCAAGUCCCUUGGGCGAAAGGUUUCCCGAGAGGGCCAGGGCAGCCCCCUCCCCCCCAUCUGCUCCACACAAUGUCCCCUGUGGGACAAGCAUCCUUCCAUCCCAGCUACUCGACCCGCAUCCAGGGAGCAUCUCCUUUCCCUCCAGCACCCCCACGCCAAAGGGCAGCCACGCGGUGUGACACACUCAGACAGGAGCCACCAUCCAGGCUGCUAAGAACAUAUUCUCCCAGCCUAAGGCUGCUUAUUUGAAUGUACUGCCUGCUCAGUGGUCCCUGAAUACACUGCCAUAAAUGCUUCCUGUAGGAGAUCCCUGCCCGCCCCCUCCAGUGCACACUGGUCUGCCGCUUUUCUGAGAUCCCCUGCUCUUGUUGCACAAGGACUUCAUUCCAGGAUCUCAUCUUCUCCGCUUCCUCUCAGGACUCUUCAUGCCCCUAGUGCCCAAACUUCUUUCAAAGAGGGCCAGAUCUGAUGAAGUGAACAUGUGUUCACUUCAAAGUUGUUGAGCUUUUUUUAAAACUUUACCCCAAAGUUGUUGAGCUUUUCGAAAUGGACUUUGGACAUGCCUGCCCUAGUGCCUAACCAUGUAUCUGUCUGACUUUCCCAUCCAUUGUUAUCUCCAAAGAUUCCACAAGCCUUGUAUACUUACAUGCUGCUUCAUUUUUGUACCAUAACCUAGGCCAUUUUUGUACCAUAACCUAGGCAAAUUAAGCCCCGGGGGCCGGAUCUGGCCCAAUUGCCUUCUAAAUCUGGCUCACAGAUGCUCCGGGAAUCAGCGUGUUUUUACAUGACUAGAAUGCGUGCUUUUAUUUAAAAUGCAUCUCUGGGUUAUUUGUGGGGCAUAGGAAUUCAUUCAUUUUUUUUCCAAAAUAUAGUCCGGCCCCCUGCUGAAAAAGUUUGCUGACCCCUGGCCUAGGCAAUCCCUUCCUAACAUACCCAGAUCCCCCUUAUAGUAGAUCCUCACUUGUUCUCUCCUUACCAUGUUGGGAGUCACGUAUGAAUGUGUGCAGCCUGCAUAUUUUUGAGAUGCUGUUGAAUACUUAUACUUCCAAUACAAACUUGUAAAUAGCUGUUGGGUUGUUCUUCUCAGAGUUUAAUGGUGUGCUAUAAGGGUUCAAUGGAAGCAGGAAUAAAUUUCCCAGCAGUUUAAGGUGUUCCCAGAUGCUAGAUGUGAAUGCACUGCUACUCCCUAUCUUGCUGCCUGCUUGAGCCUUCAGUUGCUGGACAGGAUUGAAUAGUGCAUAACUCGCAUGACAGAUGUGGAAAAUGUUGUCACGUCAUGGAGGUUUGCCUCUGAGACAGAGUUCUGAUUUGUGGGAGGGAAUCUGUAUACUCUACCAGCCGCAGUGUAUUCAUCAAUCGCUCUCUUGUAAGGGUAGCCAACCGUUGUGGUUCCAUAGGCACAGUUGCAAUUUGGGUAAACUGCUGUGUGCACCAUGCACACACAUGUGCACUCAUCACAAUCACAUACAUGCAUAUUCAUUAUCCCCCUGGCAACAAUUGCACUUGAAAAAAGCCUUCCGUGGGCUAAAGUGGAAGGGCUCUUUCAAAUAUUAUUUUUGAGGAGGAGGGGGCAGAAAUGAGACGCUGCAAAACACAAGGGAAGGCCUCUGAGGGCACUGUGUUGGUAAUGCAUGUGUUAGCGGCUAACUGCACAUUACACAAUAAAAGCAGCUUUGGAAAAAUGGGUUUUAGAGGAGAGAAGCAUGGCAGAAGCAUUCCUCAUCCAAUGUUUCUCUGCUGCAAACUGCUCCACUGCAGCUGUUCAUGACUCCAAAAGCAUUUUUGCUAGGGCAAAAGUACCGGUACUUUUCAGCUUUGAAGGGGAGGGGAAAGUCACUUGUAGAAGCAGAUACAAAUAGUACAGGGAAAGGAGUGCUCUGCAGAAGCUAGUUUUGAUUCACCUUACCUUUCCCAUAUUUUAUUUAUUAAAAUGUUUAAAGCACACAGUGUCAAGUGUUUCUACAUUUCAAAACAUAGAGCAACAAUGUUCUGAAUCAAAAUAAUAAAUAAAAAUCGAAUAAUAAAAGGUAAAUAAAGUUAAAUGGACAGUUAAGUCCAGUCAUCGGCAACUAUGGGGUGCAGUGCUCAUCUCGCUUCAGGCCAAGGGAGCCAGUGUUUGUCCGCAGACAGCUUUCCAGGUCAUGUAGCCAGCAUGACUAAACCACUUCUGGCACAACAGGUCACCAUGAUGAGUGCCAGAGCGCACAGAAAUGCCGUUUACCUUUCUGCUGCAGUGGGACCUAUUUAUCUACUUGCACUAGUGUACUUUUGAACUGCUACGUUGGCAGGAACUGGGACAAAGCAACAGGAGCUCACCUCGUCGUACAGAUUCAAACCACCAACUUUCUGAUUGGCAAGCCCAAGUGGCUCAGUGGUUUAGACCAUAGUGCCACCCGCUCCCUAUCAAAAUAAUACUGUAAGUCAGUGCAGUGGUACCUCAGGUUACAAACGCUUCAGGUUACAUACGCUUCAGGUUACACACCCCGCUAACCCAGAAAUAGUGCUUCAAGUUAAGAACUUUGCUUCAGGAUAAGGACAGAAAUCGGGCUCUGGCGGCGCGGUGGCAGCAGGAGACCCCGUUAGCUAAAGUGAUGCUUCAGGUUAAGAACAGUUUCAGGUUAAGAACGGACCUCUGGAACGAAUUAAGUACUUAACCGGAGGUAUCACUGUAAAUGCACAUUCAACAUAGAUGCUGUUUAGAUUGUUUGGAAGUCUGGUUCAUAUACGUGCAACAGACAAAGAAAAUUGUGUGACAAUUUCAAAAUGAAACAAAACACCCAUAUACUUUUAAACUUUUUAUGUGAUUUUAUUAUUGCCAAAAAAUGAAACUCUCUGUCUUUUCCCUAAUUAAGGAGAAGUAUAAGUAGUGCUAGUUUUCUGUAACUAGAACACAGAAGUUUAGCAGCACCUUUUAUAGGCAGUCAUAAUAUGCUAAAUGUAUACUAUGGAAUUUUUCAUCCAUAUCAUGCCAAAUAUUUUGCUAAACAUCUGUAUUCUACUGGUUGUUAGAUCCAUCUGUCUCAGGAGACAACGGAAGAGUGCACCUUCAAGGGUAAAGUCAAACCAUUUUGGAGAGUGAAGUGUCUCUUCUGUGGCUUUAGGUUAAUGGAAGGAUGUAUACAAAAUUGUGAUAUUGCCUCAGGUGAAUUCUCCAUUCUGUCAUCUGAUGGUCUCUGUGGUGUCUCACUUAAGUGUCUGGAUGAUGCAAUGCAGAGUAGUUUAUUGGGUGGGACAGGGUGCAGUAUAGGAAGCCUUGUGACUUGAUGGGGGCUGAUGCUGAGUUGCUGAUGGCAGCUUCUUGGCAAAGCAAGUGGUGUGAAGGGGGUGAUGCUUAUUAGCAGCUUAGUCUUAACUUCGUGAAUGCAUCAUGAAUAACUCAUUUCAGUGAGGAAAUUCUUCUGUGUGUUGUGAAGAAUCUGGAGAGACUCAUCUAGCUAAAUUGUUAAGGUCUGUUGCUUUCUUACUUAAUUGCUAGUGGCAAAGUAAAACGAAAAUGCUUAAUGAAACAUUGCCUCCUUUUAUGCUUAUCAGAGGUUGUGUCAGGAGUUCUUAUAUAAAUACUCCUUUCUUAUGAUCCUUAUAGGGUGGUUGUAAGGAGUGCGCUGAGCAUUUUUAAAUAGGAAAGUGGGAUAGAAAUAGUUUAAAUAAAUAAGAUAAUGUAUGCAGUUUUUUAAACACUUGAAGUGCUGUACAAAUGUCAAAUAUUAUUUUCACACCUUUGGUGUCUCUUGUAGCAACCGUGACAUGAUAGUGGUAGAAAGUUUUUAGCCUUCCUAAUGCAGGGAUCAUUUCACAUUGAACUGCUUUACUGUAGCUUUCCUGGGUCUUAAACGGCUGUAAUCUGGGGAGAGGGGCAGAGCUGAUCUUCUAAUAUUACAUUGUUAUAGCGACACUUUACCUUGAAGUGCACAGAAUGCUAUUGACCCUUUAUCCAAGGUCAGCACUUCUCAUUUCAGUUUUAUCUCUUCCUUCUCAUGGAAUUUUAAGCUCCGGUUGUUAAAAAACACCUUUAUAAACUCUGAAUUUGUGCAGGUGCCUAUGCACAGCUGUGACAGACGGCAACACCUUGUUCCAGUGCCAACCCAGGAAGGUACCCCGCUGGCAACAGGUGCACUGUUGUGCUAUGUUCCUCUUGCCACCAGCUGCUUAUUUGUCCCCCAGGGCAAAGAGUAUAGGAUUCCCACUGCUUCAUGGUGAUCUACUUGGGAGUAGGGCUGAAUUCCAAGUCUUCUGCCUGGCAACUUUGGCCUGUCACCUCUCCUGACCACCCAGGUGCUUUAACCCAGCAGCUUAGCUCAAGCAAUCCACCCUGGAGUGUGUUCAGCAAGCAGCCCAGUCCAGAAAUCCCGUAAAGCAGUGUAUUUAAACAGACUAUUAAAAGAAAGGGAAAGGUGGAGAAACAGUAAGCCACAUUCAGGGAUAGGGGAUGUAGCUAAUCCAAUACUAGGCAAGCUUAUACAACAACAUUGACACUUUCGGUAGCCUUUGGAGUUGGCUGAAGGGGGGGGGCAAAGUAUACAGGCAUGAUGCCAUGUUCUGUGCUCUUUGAUUGGGUUGAUCAAGGAUACCUCACAGAAAGCAUCAUGAUAUGGAGUCUGCUAUUCUAACCAACUCUAGGAAUUUUUUUAAAAUAACCACCUGGGCAAUUUUGAGGGUCUUUGGCACAUUUCAGGUAUGCUACCUGUAGUAUGUCAGGAAAAGGAGGUGAAGGACUGUAUUCUUCUUUUUACUGUUAGUGUAUACUGCCCUUUAUCUAUAGAUCACAACAUAAAAAUACAAAAUGAAAACACAAAAUACUUUCAAAAAAACCCCAAGCAAACCAGUAACCCCCAUCCCACAAAACAUUUAAAAGGCCAUAUUUUUAUUAUUGUAUGGUGAACCUUGAUAUGAGGUUAUGACAUCAUGGGUAGGUUUUAUGAAGCUGUGAAGUAGAUUUGGCUCCCCUUGAAAAAAAUUGAUAUAGUGUCUGUGACUGAAAAGGUGCACAGGUAUAAGCCUGCAAAUUUCCAUUGAAGGAAAGGGCUCUGGUGUUUUGCGUGUUUUAUACUGUUUUUAUACGUAUUUGUGGCUACAUUUUGUUCACUUCUUUGACAUUUUAAAAUAUGGCUUAUAUAUUUUCUAAAUGUGAAUGUUUAUUCAUAAAAUCUGUUUAAAAGUGAGUUAUAAAGUUGGAUGGAUCACAAGAGUACAUCAUCCUUCUGUGUACAUAAUUGUCUGGAGCAAUUUGACCCUAAUUUAAUCUUGUGGCAAUCUAGGCUAGGCUGCCAUGUGGCCAUCUGUUUGCACUCCUCUGAUGCUGUAGCCCCCACGCAAAAGUUAUUGCUGUAACAGUGAUAAAAAUGGUUUGGAUAGUGUGCCUUGUGACUGUACUUGACAAUGUCAUUUCCUAGGUUUUGGACCUGAGCCAAAGCUAUGGGGCAGGAUUUCGCCCAGUUGUUAUGCAAGAGACCACCUGUCUUCCUUCCUUGUUAAUAUGCACCGUGUAUCCAGUUGGUGCUGCGUUUUCUUGUGGACUUUGGAACUUUUAUCAGGCGUGUUCCUGGUCUCUGGACUGCCUGAUCUGAUAGGGCCUAAUCUGCACUUGACCAAUUAAAGUGUCCCAUUAAAGGUGCUAGUAACUGAGGUCUUUAGCACAGUGUCUGCCAUAAGGGCAGCAAAUAACUGGUUGUUUCUCUACUUGUAAGAGGAUAGUUGUUUUCCACAUCCUCUGACUAUGGGCUGUGUGUAUCAAUACACACUUCUACCAUUUCAGUGUGCUGUACAUUCUGAAAGUUGCAUAUUGUUGAAAGGUUGACAGGAAGAAGAGAGAACGUAUUUUGUGUGCCACUUGUGUGCCCCUCUUGGAUUGGCCUUUUUCAUUUAAAUAUAGUUCUAGUGGGAUAAUGACUCGUGUGCCACUGAGAGCACAGCUUGUGAUUUUUCACUUAUGCAGCACUAUAGACAUACAAGGCUCUUCACCAUAUAAUGCAAGGUAAAAAGAUAUGGUCCUGCCCUAGAGGGCUUACAAUGUAAAUGACCAAAUAUCACACCACCCCAGAUCAGCAAGACAUUUACAUUUUCACUAGCAGCUGGUAAAUGUACUUCAUGUCUCCUUCAAACUCCUUCAAAGGAUGAGUCUUUUCUUUUCUUUUUAAAUAAUAUUUAUUGCUUUUAUACCUUACAAAAAGAAAAAAGAGAAAAGAAGAAAGAAAAAAAGAGAAAAAAAGUAAAGAAGCCUAAAGAGAAAACAAUACAAUACAAUAUAUAAACAAUACAGAAUGCAACAUUAACAUUAACACAUUAACAAAACAAAAACAAUUCAAAAAAACCACACAUCGUACCAUCUCAAUAUCCUCUCUUUCAUUCCCUUGUUUCAUCGACCUCCUCUCACCUCCCUUUUUGUAUUCCAUUUCUACUAAUUGUUUCAGCAAAUCCUUUCCAUCUUUCUCUAUUUUCUGUCAUGUAAUUAUCUUAACAUAUUUUAACCUUAUUUUCCAUUAAACUAUAAUACUUAUUUAUGGCUUGACAACCAUAUGUCAGGAGUGCUCUGAUGGUGUUUCCUGCUUGGCAGGGGGUUGGACUCGAUGGCCCUUGUGGUCUCUUCCAACUCUAUGAUUCUAUGAUUCUAUGAUUCUAUGAUUCUAUGAUUAUACUUAAUUCCUUAAGAUAUUUCUACUAAAGCCAUAUAAUUCCCUUCCAACAUUUUUCUAACACUCAUUAAUUUUACAUUAUUUCCAUGUAUAGGUUUUAAACUUUUUCCAAUAUUCUUCCACCGUCUCUUCUCCCUGGUCUCGGGUUCUGCCAGUCAUUUCCGUCAAUUCCAAAUAGCCCAUCAACCUGGUGAUCUUCUGUCCGAGGCUCUUAAUUCUUUUCCAGGUCCCUUCUGCAGGUCUUCUUCAUAUUUAUACGUGCACUUUACUUUGUCUUCUCCUGAUCUUGUUCUUAUUUUCCUUCCUUUGAUGCUGAAAAGUAAAUCUCCGGGAAAUUCCCAUCUAGCAAUGUUUUUAUUCCUUCUCGACAAGUCAACCAAAUCUCCAUAAUUAAAACUGAAAUUCAGAAGAUAUUUCCAAUCGUGUUCCAAAGUUCCUCCAAAUCUGGCAGUCCCCACAACUCCAGUCUCCUUCUGACCCAAGUCCAAGUCCCAAAAGUCAAUCUCCAGUCCAAGCGGGGCUCCAAUCCUAUUGUAGCCUCCUUUGGAAUUUGGUCCUCCUCUUGGAGCUACAGAAAAGAGGAGCAUAUCACUAUGUACAUCGUUAUGGAGCUAACAGUGUAUUCCGAAAUUCUUCACUAGGUUCAGCCACCUUGCCUAAAAAAAAGAAAAUGGCCAGAGGCAAUUUCAUAGAAUCAUAGAAUCAUAGAAUCCUAGAGUUGGAAGAGACCACAAGGGCCAUCGAGUCCAACCCCCUGCCAAGCAGGAAACACCAUCAGAGCACUCCUGACAUAUGGUUGUCAAGCCUCUGCUUAAAGACCUCCAAAGAAGGAGACUCCACCACACUCCUUGGCAGCAAAUUCCACUGUCGAACAGCUCUUACUGUCAGGAAGUUCUUCCUAAUGUUUAGGUGGAAUCAUCUUUCUUGUAGUUUGGAUCCAUUGCUCCGUGUCCGCUUCUCUGGAGCAGCAGAAAACCACCUUUCUCCCUCCUCUAUGUGACAUCCUUUUAUAUAUUUGAACAUGGCUAUCAUAUCACCCCUUAACCUCCUCUUCUCCAGGCUAAACAUGCCCAGCUCCCUUAGCCGUUCCUCAUAAGGCAUCAUUUCCAGGCCUUUGACCAUUUUGGUUGCCCUCCUCUGGACACGUUCCAGUUUGUCAGUGUCCUUCUUGAACUGUGGUGCCCAGAACUGGACACGGUACUCCAGGUGAGGUCUGACCAGAGCAGAAUACAGUGGCACUAUUACUUCCCUUGAUCUAGAUGCUAUACUCCUAUUGAUGCAGCCCAGAAUUGCAUUGGCUUUUUAGCUGCCGCGUCACACUGUUGGCUCAUGUCAAGUUUGUGGUCAACCAAGACUCCUGGAUCCUUUUCACACGUACUGCUCUCAAGCCAGGUGUCACCCAUCUUGUAUUUGUGCCUCUCCUUUUUUUGCCCAAGUGCAAUACUUUACAUUUCUCCCUGUUAAAAUUCAUCUUGUUUGUUUUGGCCCAGUUCUCUAAUCUGUCAAGGUCGUUUUGAAGUGUGAUCCUGUCCUCUGGGGUGUUAGCCACCCCUCCCAGUUUGGUGUCAUCUGCAAAUUUGAUCAGGAUGCCUUUGAGUCCAUCAUCCAAGUCGUUGAUAAAGAUGUUGAAUAAGACCGGGCCCAAGACAGAACCCUGUGGCACCCCACUAGUCACUCUUCUCCAGGAUGAAGAGGAACCAUUGAUGAGCACCCUUUGGGUUCGGUCAGUCAGCCAGUUACAAAUCCACUGAGUGGUAGCAUAGUCAAGACCGCAUUUUACCAGCUUCUUUACAAGAAUAUCAUGGGGCACCUUGUCAAAUGCCUUGCUGAAAUCAAGGUAGGCUACAUCCACUGCGUUCCCUUCAUCUACCAGGCUUGUAAUUCUGUCAAAAAACGAGAUCCGGUUAGUCUGACAUGACUUAUUUUUCAGAAAUCCAUGCUGACUAUUGGUGAUCACAGCAUUCCUUUCUAGGUGCUCACAGACUGUUUGCUUAAUGAUCUGCUCCAGAAUCUUCCCUAGGAAUACAGGAAUUUAAACUGACCCAUCAUUCCACCUAAGGUCUUGUUUGUACAAAGAACUUAACUCCUCCCAACCCCAACCCCCCAGCUGACUUCAUUUCUUAAGGAAUUCCUGACACUUUUGUGAAACAAAGUUCUUGGAGUUGAACUAAGCUCUUAAGACUAUGAGAAUGUCUAUCCCCUUUUAAUAGGAAAGCAGUGAACGUUGUGCCACAGCACAGGGAGUGGGAGCCCCUGCUCAGUUUUUCAGGAUUGUGUUGGGAGAGGUGACUCGCAAUCCCUUCCUUUCCUGUCUUGCUGUGCUGUGAGGGAAGAUGAGGUCUCCCUGGUGGCCAGAUCAGUCCUGGUGGGCCUUGCCACUUCAGGGAUAGCUUUGACCACAAUCUGUCUGGCUGUGGUACAAUGCUGCUCUGGGUCAGACUCCAGGAGACUAAAGUCUGCUGCAUAUCAGCAGAUAUGUUCAAUAUGGCCAUGAGCCUAGUGAAUGGGUGUGGAAAUAUUAUUCUUCCCUAGUUCAGAGGCAGUGUGUUUUGCAAAGCGCACAAACUUCCAACAGACACACAUGUCUCAUGAAUUCAGCAUUUGAUUCAUCUCAUCAGAUGGUGUCCUGUUAAGAAGUUUUGUAUCCAGUUUUGUGUUGCUUCCUCUAAGUGAAAUUCUGUGACACUAUUUCUCUUUUUGCUCAUUUCUAAUGCAUUGACCAUUCAGAGGAAUAUACGAAGCUGCACUUUGCUGAAUUAGAACAUGGUCCAUCUAGCUCAUUGGUCUUCAUCUGGCGUUCUGGGAUGCACUGCAGGGGGUCUAAGAUGGGUUGAAACAAAUAUGUGGUAAAAAUUAAGAUAUGAGUCUCCAAAUGAAGGUUUGGGUUAAAGAUUGGUCCGAAGUCUGCAUGAUUCUGGCACUCUAUAAAUCAAGGGGACUUGAUAGUUGUUGCAAGUAGGAUUUGCUGGAACUGGGUUGCUUGCAAUUAGGAUAUCUAAUUAUUAAUUUGGUAGCAGGAGAUAAGAGAUUAGUGUGGCUGGAAUUGGCUUGUGUAUUGCACUGACUGAUACGUACUGAUCCAAGUGCACGUGUCUCUCUUUUCAGAAUUUUUGCCAUGUUUUGGAAUGUGGGUCCUUGGAAAUGCGUCUUGCCCCUACAGCUUUGCCUGCUGGGUUUUGCAUGCUCUGUGUGGGCCAGCUCAGGAGCCUUGCCACAGACUUCUAUCACAGCAGAUUCCUUCCUGCAAGACCUCUUCCUCCGGUAUGGCAAACAUGACAAGCUCACUUUGCAGCAGCUCAAAUCCCUGUUGAAUCGCCUUGAUGUGGGAGUUGGAAGGAACAACAUUAGUCGCACAGAGCAGCAGCGUAGAAACAUCUCCUGGGUAAUGUAUUGUAUUUAUAUAAGCUAUUUCUCUCCUGCUUUUGAAGGUAGUGAGUGGGUCCACAAAUCACCCUACUAAUGCUAAAAACCUGGCUAUUAUAAAUGCAUUCCACUGAAAAAUAUUAAAAUGAUAAAACCUAAAGGGUCUAUAGUGGGGCACCUUUAAUUAAGUCCACUCAAUUGAUCUUGAAAGCUUUCUGAAAUAAAACUGUCUUGAACUGACACCUAAAAGUUAACAGAGAAGAGGCAAAAAAGAUGAACCUCUCUGGGGAGCAAGUUCUGCAAUGUUGGUGCUGCCCCUGAGAAGGCCCUGUUCAGCAUCACUACCCUCCUUGCUUCUUUCUGGUGGAGGGGGGGCAGGGUCUCCCUGUUAUAGGUAGGUUUAUAUAGGGAAAGAUGGUCUAUGACAUGCCCAGGUCUGGACCAUUUAGAGUGUUAAUGGUCAAAAUCAGCACCCAAUUAUGGUUUAGUAGCAGUAGUACCCAUAUUACUUUAUUAUUCAUUGCAGCUGCUAUCUUAGAAAUAUUUAAAAUUAUUAUUAUUAUUAUUAUUUAUAUUUAUUUGUGCUUUUAUCUUGUAUUUUUAUCUCGUGAACUUCCCUGAGAUCAUUGGAUGAAGGGGGUGUGGUUGUGUAUACCAUAUUUUUCCGUGUACAAGAUGAUGUCUCUCCCUCCCCCCCCCAUUUUUCAGUCAAAAAUUGGGGGUCGUCUUAUACACAGAUUUAUAUCUUAAGUCUUGGGUCAGCUGGCAACUCCUGGCAUCUCCUGUGUGGAGUACGCUGUAUUCAGGGCACUGGCUGGAGAGGUGACGCAGUUCCGAGGUGAGGAGGGAGCUUGGCCGCAGUGCCACCAGCUCUCACCUGCUGAGGCGAGGCAACGCCAGAUGCAGGCUGGAGAGGUGAGGCGAGGUGAGGCUGUGCCGAGAUGCGGGGUAUCGCCCCCAAAAAAAGCAAUUUCCCCCAAAAGCAGAACAACUUUAACAAACUGAUUUCUUAAUUUUGGGCUCCCAAAAGUAGGCGUCAUCUUAUACAUGGGGUCGUGUUAUACAUGGAAAAAGACUCUGUGUGUAUUGCAGUUUUAGUAGUAUUAAGACAUAUUCACCCUACCCUCCAGCUGAAAAGCCUCCUGGAAUGGUUAUAUAAGAUCUAUACAAACAAGUCCUUGCCCUCAAGCAUCAUAAAACUGCUAUGUUUUUAUACUCACCAGCUUGAAUAACAACAGUUCAGGGAGAGCAGGAGCCAAAGGGAGCUAGAAUGGUGACAGGAGGCAGUGCAUAAUUUGUGGUCUUCAGCAAGUAUGGGCCAGUAAAGCUCACUGGGAAGCCUUCAGGGUGUGAAUGCUAACAAAAGGCACAGCUCUGGGAUUUUCACCACGCCUUGCUCUCUGUCCUAUAGUGCUUCAGUUCCUCAGAGCUCUUUUCAACCCACAAUCUGAGUGAAGACUCCAGCCUUGGCAAGAGUGAAUUCCGAGAGUUCUGCCCAACCAUCCUGCAGCAGCUGGAGUCAAGGGCAUGCACGUCUGAGAACCUGGAAAAUGAGGAAGAUGAGAGGACAGAGGAGGGAAAGCCCAGUUCCUCAGAAGGUGUGUGUGCAGUUAGGCUAGCAAAAGUUUAACAGCUAGUCUUUUAAAGCAAGAGCUUCCUGAGAAAUGCCUUCAAAUCCUGACCAUCCUUGUUCUCCUGCAAGUUGCUGUAGAAAUGGAAUGCCAGCCAGAACUGUAAGCUAUUGUUCUUAAUGGGGUUUCCUUUUCCAGGUACAGGUUGACAGAAUGCCCCAUACACCCUACCCUUCUUGUGUCCUUGCCUAGGAAAAGUCAGUUGAUCCACCCCCCUGGUAUGAUUUCAUUGUGCUGCAGACUGAGCUGUCAGUGCUGUCAAGGCAGCUCCAUGCAUCUGCUGGCUGCUGCAUACUUACAGGUGAAAGUGAACCUUUGGAAGUACAGGUAUUGCUCUCAAUGAAAGACAAAAUUAGAAUUGUUUAGGCUGUGGAGAAAAAAGCAUGAGGUUGUAUUCAGUGUUAGUUGUGCUCAGAGCAGACCUAUUGAAGUUAACGGGUAUGACUAACUUAGAUCUAUUAAUUUUAGUGGAUAUUCUAAGUAGAACUUGGCUUGAUACCACCCAUGGUGUUUACACCUUUACACACAAUGGAACAGCCUAUAGGCUGACUCUCAAUUUUACUCCUGUCAUUCACAAAUUUGUGAAUUCACAGAUCUUCCUGUUUGUGGACAGGAAAUGUGGGUCCACAAUUAAUGAACCAUAUAUAACACACUUUCCCCUAGUUAAGGAACUAUGCCAACCACCAGGUCCUAUACUUGCUUACCUGAGAAUAAGUCCCUUUAAACUCAGUGGAAUUACUUCUGAGUAGACACAUACAGGAUUGCACUGUAUGACAAAAUAGAGAACUUGGAAAUACUAUCUAUUGAGAAGAAAAAGCUCAGUAUAUAAAUAAGAGGUCGUCCCUGCUGGUGGGUAUUUGCAGAAGAGCCAGUGAUUACAACCGCUUUUGUAGAUCUUAAGAUGGGUAUGAGUCAGCAUUGAGGUGUUACAGGAAUAUUAAACAAAAAGGCAACAGGAUAAGAAACAGACCCAGGCCAACACUAUUUUCAGUUGCAAAUACAGGCAAAGAUGAAAUAGUGUUUGUAGUCCCUUCUGAAUCUACUUGGUGCUUCCAGUGCUUCAACAGAGGUAUUGUAUUCACUUUGGAGUCACCCAUUUUUAAAAGGCACAAAUAAAUUUGCACAAGUUUCAGUACAGAAAAGGUGAAUGGAUGGUUGCCUUAGUUGCUCCUUCACAGCAGAUCCUGACCUAGUGUCUCACUUCCAGGUUUGAUCCACGGAAUGCCAGUUUCUUGAUGGAGAGAUUUGCUUUUCUGGGGUGUUUUGUGCAACACAUGUUAUGGGAACAGGUGGACCUUUGCCUGUGGAUCUACUCAUGAGUAAGCACUCCAACCUUGAGUCCUCAUGCAAGAGUCAGAUCUGCAUGUGUGAAGGAUUCAAGUGUGCCAUUUCAACAAGCAGGCUGGAUCCUUCAUAGUCAGGUUCCAGUAGAUCUAAUUACGAUGAAACACUUCAGUCUUGCUCCUGAGUAGUAUUUUUUUUCUUAGUGGAUGUAAAUGUUACAGCUGCAAAGAAUAGCAGGAGAACAUUGUAUCCCAAGGACAGGUGUCUUGUCUCUCCUGCUCUUAGAAGAACAGAUUUUGCCAAGACAUGAUAUAAUUUUUUCAAAUCCCUACAAGAGCAAAACAGGUUUAGGCAAGAAAUGUCAAUAGAACAGGUGCAACUGUUAUGGAGGCUCUUCAGAAUAAGAGGGGUUGGAAUCAGGUAAGGUAUCUGGGAGGCUGCUGCAUUGAAGGUGAUGCCCUGAUGACCUCUGAGGUCUCAUCCAGCUCUGAUUCCAGCUGGGUGUACUUUAAAUAUGUAUGUGUGUGUUUGUUUGAAAAAAGGAUUUGCUUAGUGCAUACAUUUUCACUGUUAAGUUUCCACUUUUAUUUCACAGAUUUUUUGAAUUUGGGAGGAGGGGUUCCUUCUACACUUCCUCUGCCUGCUGUGGCUCCUCAACCCAGCACUGGCAAUGUGUCUCACAGGCAAAUAUGCAGAAAUCCACACAUUCAGUUGUUUACAUACAAACCGCUGCUGCAUAUAAGGAUCUGUGGAUUGGGGAAGUAAUUCUACACUAUGGUUAGAAGAGGAAAAGAGUUGGAUGCCUCAGACCCUCUCCAAGCCGUCCAUGAAGAAACAUUAUAAGAAAGCUUCACCUGCCUCAAGAUCAUCUCCCUUGCUGGAAUCUGGUGCACAAACCUUCCAGAUAUGGCCUGUCACAGAUUUUGAGUAACCUCGUAGAUGUAUACACACAAAAGGAGGUCAAAAAUGACCCUAAAGAGUUUAUUGUUGACAUUCCAGAAAUAAGGAAGUGAGAUUAAUGUAAUAUGAUUAUUCUUUUCAGCUUUCUUUGUGUUGUUCACAGACAUUGCCUGAAGCCAGAAAAUUUGGGUCUGCAGUUAAUGAGCAACAUAGAUUGCACACGUUUUAUCUAAGGAGCUUUAAAAAUGGUUAAUCUAAAUCUCUUUUUGCCAGUCAGUGAGCGAUGGCAAGUUUCAACUGGCAACAUCCUGGGUAAUCUAAGCAAAUUCCUCACUGAUGUAACCUGAAUGGCAGCAUACUCUGUUCAGUUUUUGUCUUAUGAACCUUGUUUUGUAUCAAAUUGUAAUAUUUUUAAGCUACCUGAAAUCCUAAAUCACAAUUCCUGCUGCCUCUACAUCAUGUUUUCAGUUUCUUAAUAGAUCCUGAUAUUGAGUUGGUAUUGAGUAUAGCUCUCAGUACCAAGUUUGAGAAGAACUCAGAGGCUGCGCUUCUGUCUUCUGGCUAUCCUGGUGCUGUACAUCUUAAACUCCUAGAGAAUUGCAAUAAAACCUUAUUUCCAGUGAGAUCAACUUCAGCCUUCCCAGCUGUGGCUGUCUAUAGAGGCCCCUUCCUGUUUUCAAUUAUUUGGGUAAACUGGCCCUCCUUUCUAUUUGUUUCACAGUCUGGGGCUUUGGAUUUCUCAGUGUUUCACUGAUUAACCUGGCCUCCCUACUUGGCGUCUUCGUCGUGCCCUGCACCAAGAAGGUCUUUUUCGCCCGAAUCCUAACGUAUUUCAUCGCGCUCUCCAUCGGGACAUUGUUCUCUAACGCACUGUUCCAGCUGAUCCCAGAGGUGCAGUAAGACACAGACACAUGGAUUGAGUCACAAUCUACUUUUCCUGUCACUAAGUUCUCUGCUGAUAGGCUGCUCACAGUUUAGAGCAGGCAUCCCCAACCUGUGGUUCUCCAGAUGUUUUGGCCUACAACUCCCAUGAUCCCUAGCUAACAGGACCAGUGGUCAGGGAUGAUGGGAAUUGUAGCCCCAAAACAUCUGGAGGGCUGAAGGUUGGGGAUGCCUGGUUUAGAGAGGGGGAAGCUUGCCCUGCCCAGUGAUUCCUUUUGAGGAUGACCUUUUCUCCUCUGAGCAUCAGGAAGCUUCCUAAGAUCAGCUGAGAGAAAAAGAGCAAAUUCUCCUGUGUGGUCCCUGUGUAGGCACAUACAUGAGUUCUGUGCUUGCUCAGAGCACAUCUUGGGAAUUUUCUUGAGCCAUAAUUCAUGUUUCCUCAUUUCAAGGGCAGAAGCUUAGCACCACUUUCCUAGUCCUUGUUUCUUGCCAUUCACAGUCAUCCAAAGCAGCAGUGUGACUUUAAAGUGCACCUUGUGGGUGCUGCCAGCGCUGGGAGGAUUUUGCCUCUUGACUUCCAUUCCACCAUUGAUGGAAAGGGGUUGAUUGUGCUUUUAGUGAAAGGUUUCUUCAGUUGUGCAAAAGUGUGAAAAGGAAUGUUGGGUUUUUUGGUCAUUUCUGCUAACUAGCACAAUAUUUCUUUGGGAACGUUGUGAGGGCAACUUCACUGAAACAAUGGAAAAUAGUACCUUUUACCUAAACCUAGCCAGCUAAAGUAGAUGUUGCCUAGAGUGACCUGGAGGAAGAGGUAUACAUUAAUCUGGCUCUAUGUGUGGACUGUUUCUGUAGGCUGAGUCCUUCCAGGAGUCAAGUUCAUUCACUGGCCUGAUGAAUGAGAGUAGGUAGGGGGGAAAGUGUGGCUGUCAGCUUCAGAGACUGUUUUGCAAAGGAACACCAAUAUUCUGGAGAAAGAUCUUUUAUGUUUUUUCUUGGCUUCUCUUUCAAUAAUUGAUCUGAUUUUACCAACAACAAAAAAAGAGGUUUCUUGAGCAGUGUUGGACUUUGCCAGAUUUAAUCUUGACAUAAUUUUGUUUGAAUUGCAUGUUCUGGGGCUGCCUAAAUACAAACAAGAACACUCUACUUCCUGAUUUUGGAGUUUGUAACCCUUGUCUCCUUUACUUGCUCUGUUUUUCUCUUCCAUUUUGACUUUGCAUAUUGUGGUAAACAUUUGGGGGGCAGUGUUUGCAGUUCCGCAAACUUCUAAAAUUGUGGGCUGAAAUAAGACAUUGGUUUGUCCAUGGUAUGAAAGAGCCACCCUUUGAACCCAGGACCACCUUUGCUGUCUGUCCUGGCCACCUCACCAACUGGCUUCUUCCAUUGAAAAAGGCUAAGGUCACAAAUCUUAGCAAUACUAUCCAGAAUUUUUGAAGCUCCUAUGUUGUAUAGCUAAUUUACUGCCUGUCCAAGGCAUGACGUACUGUAUUCUCUCUUGAAUUUAUGGUAUUUUCAGCUCCAAAACUGUGCAUCUGAUGAAGGGGGAGGAAUUUGUUGCUUGAAAACAAAACUAUAUUUGUGAUCAAACUGUAACAGAAAUUACUGUAUAUGCUUCACCUCCAUGGUUAAGUUGCCUGCCCUGGAAGAACAACUGGUGUGCAAUUGCAUCACUCACUUAGUUGGAUUUUGGGGACUUUCUGUAGUUGUGCAGCAGAGACUCUGUAAUUCUACAGAUGCCCAUCUGCUAGGUAGGUAUGGCCACAUGCGUAUCAUAUGUACAGGCAAGUAACUGUUCACUCUGGCCAGGCAACAGACCAUGGUGGUGGGGGGUGUAGGAUGCUGAGAGUAAAACAGGUGCUCUUCAUGACACUGGAACUCUGGCCUUGUCCCUGUGCUAGAAAAAAGAGGGAAAACGUGACUGGACAGCCCCACCAACAGUCUGGAGAGCUAGGGACGUUAAAUGCUCUCGUCAGCUAUGGUAUGGACGUCUUACAGUUGUGAUCUGAAGCAUCACUUAGGGACGGCUUGAAUGGAAUUACAAACUUAUGCACAAACUAAUGUGCAUUUAUAGAGGUCAUUUGUAGCAGGACUGUCUACAGAAUACAUGAGAUAUGGAGAGAUCCCACUCUAUAGAAAGCGGAAGUCUCCACCUUGCUUGUGAAGGGACUGGUCUCCUCCAUAUCUCAUAUGGGUGCAAAUGUCCCAUGAUGAAACUACCACCUAUUGGAAGUGCACAAUUGUCUUUGCUGGAGUUCCAGAGCCAGAGUACACCAGGUACUCCCAGCAUGCUUAAAGCCAUAUCCAAUUAAACAUCAAUCACUAAUGAAAGUCUCCUCUCUCCCUCCCACCCUCUCUCCUCUCUCUGUGAUUUAAAUUCAUUUCUGCGUAUUCCUGUGUCCUGACUUCCAUGGCAUUCAUUCCACCUGUGAUUUCACGGUGGGCGAGGGGCUGGCAUUCACACCGCAGUCUGGGGUUAUGGUUUCCUCUGUGUGACUGUCAUCUCCCUCUGCUCCCUGGUUGGAGCCAGUGUGGUGCCUUUCAUGAAGAAGACCUUUUACAAGCGACUGCUCCUCUACUUCAUAGCUCUGGCGAUUGGUACUCUCUACUCCAAUGCCCUCUUCCAGCUCAUUCCUGAGGUAUGACUAGGGCCUCUUGGCCUUCCUUGUGUGGCUGUUUUUGUGUCAUCUGUGGUGAGAGGAAUUCUAGUAGAAGAGUGAUAUUGUGCUGGUGGUAUUAGUCUCGGAUGAGUUGUGAACUGUUUGGCAUUUCCCUGGGUUUUCACUCUUUAGAGUAGUGGUAGCCAGCGUGCUGCUCUCCAGAGAAUGUUGAAAUCUAACUCCCAUUAUCCCUGACUGUUGGUUCUGCUGGCCUGGGCUGACGGACAUUGCAGUGCAGCAGCGCGGGGAGGGAAACUGAGCUGGCUACACCUGCUUCAGAAGUUAAAAACGGCUUGGAAGCUAACUCACACCUGACUGUAACAGUCUGAAAGCAAGGGCCAGUUAAGAUAAUGACAGAGUCCCAUGCUGAGAGGUCUUUGUCAAUCUCAUGCCUUUAAAGACAAGGCUCCUGGGCUAGUACAUAAGGCUGCACAGAUGACACCUGCUGUCAGGAGCAUGUGGAGAUUGCAGCUGUCCUCUGUGCUGCUUCCUGGGUGGUGCCAUCCAAUGCAGGGGGAGGCAGGCUAGAAACGAAGCUGUGGGGGAAGCCAUGGGGUUUGGAGCCUCACAGUGCUUCCAUAGCCAAUAUAAAGCGCUGGGUGCUGGUCCCUGGCUUGCAAGCUGGGAGGCAGAGAAUAGAAGGGUGAGCAGAGCAAGCAAGGUAAAAACAGAAUAAAGGGAGGGGAAAAUAGGAGAAGAGCAGGUUGCAUUGUCCUAAGGAAACUGAGGCUGAAGGAAAAGACAAUAUGAAGAAUGGAAAACGGAAAAGGACUGCUAAUCCUAAGCCAAAAUAAGGAGUGGGUGAUGGUCGAAGAAGGUAGUUGUGUGUGAGGGUCUAGUUAUGGUUUAGGAGCUAGACAGGAAAGUGAGAAGCCAUUGGUGGUUGCACGGUGUCUUUGUGGUGCUCGUUUCCUCCUCAUAAAAUACCUGACUAACUUCAACAUUCAAUGGCAUGUUCUUGGGAUGUUUUCCUUUGUAAUGAAAGUGUUUGAGACAAAGGAGCAUAUCUUAUCUAGAAAGGGGAGGGAAAGUGGCCUUCACACAAUAAGAAAAAAACUGUAUAAGAUAGUCUGAGUCAUAGGAGGCAAGUCAAUGAAUCAAUGGGUCAUAGUGGAAUCCCUCUUGUUCUUACACCAGGUGAGAUACAAAUGAGCUCUGGUCAGAUGAUCUUGUGCUUUAGGAAGUGGUAAAACUUAUGCACCACUUUGCGGAUGUGGAUUUACAUGGCUGAAUACUACUACAUUUUUUUAAUGCACCACAUAUAGAAAACUAGCCAAUCAAACAGCAAGUUUCUAGCCUUGCUGACUUCUGUCAGACAUGGUUUCUGUAUGAAAGGAGCAUGUGGAGAAGCAUUCAACAGUGUGAACCCACAUCCCACUUGGCACAGCCGCGACACAGGUUUAUUGCUGCCAUAAUGUGAAUUCAGGGAGCAGCCAGCUGCCAUCAAGAUAUACUUCUGUAGGUCAAGUGAUAAAUUCCUGUGCUCUGCAGCUUUUUAUUUCCUCUUAGGCCUUCUCUUAGAUUGAAACAGGUGGGAGGCAAUGUAAACUGCAUAAAUGUGCUGUUAUUUAAGUAUACUUUUCACUUACCUUUUCCUGCCCCUACUCCACAGGCCUUUGGAUUCAAUCCUCGGGAAGAUGAUUAUGUCUCCAAAUCGGCUGUUGUCUUUGGGGGCUUUUACUUGUUCUUUUUCACAGAGAAAAUAUUGAAGAUGCUUCUCAAGCAGAAAGACACGGUGAGGGAGGAACCAAAACACUUGCUGAUGAGAACUACUUCUGGUGCAAAUCUCCCAUUACUUUUCUUUUAAACAAAUAUUUGAAUAUUGUUUGGCAUCAGAUGUAACAAUGUCAUAAUUUUGAGGGACAGAAAGCUAAAGAAAAUAAGACAAUAGUUUUCCCUUUAAAUAUAUUAGAAGCAGAAUUCUUUCCAGAGAAUCAGCAGUUUAAGAUGGUAGUUUGCAAACUUUUAUAUGCAGUGAAACUCUUUUCCACACUGACCUGCCUGUUGAAGAGCCCUGAUGGAUCCAGUACCAACCCUGCACCUCCAACUAUUUGGCGAUGCAUUUUUGAGAGUACCCUGGUUUUGUGUGGGGCAGCAGCCAGGCCUGUUGGCUGUCACUAUGUGUGUGCCAGAAUAUAUCCAGUACUCUCUCACGGCUACAUAUUUCAGGGCACUGUUUGCAGCCAGCUGUUUUUCAGGGAAGCUUAUUUGCCAAUGCUGAUUCCUCCAGAGCAUUUGCAGAUAAUGUGAACCCAAACGAGUAGGAUGCCCUGCUUCUCUCUGCUUCUGACCAAUAGCAGACAGCAGGGUGAGGCAGCGGCACUCACCUAACUUACAGUUGCCUGCAUCAUGGCUGGAUGCCAAGAGAGGCAAGACGACAGCAAGGUCAGCACAAUACGCAUGCGCUAGCAGAGCCUAUCAAGCGCUCUUGCCACCAUGUGAGCUCGCCAGCACCUCACUUCUCUCUGUCCCAGGAUGCAGCGGCAACCAGGUCAGAUGAGAGUCUCUGCCUCAUCCUGCCAUCGUCCACUGAUUCUCAUCUCUAGCUCUCAAGGGAUCUAGAUUGGAGAAUAAAUGUUACUGCUUCUUAGUCUCAGAAGCCCAGAGUCCAUCCUGCAAUCUGUCUUGCAUCUGUUGAGGCUAUUCCAGCUAAAUCUGCUCUUCCUUUCCAUCUUUAGAGUGCUAAAAAACCCCUGCAGACUUUGUGGCGCCAUCAUAAUGCCUAGCCUUUUCUCCUCCCCUUGCCCCCAGCACUUGGUUUAACAUCAAGCCUGAUAUAGAGCUCCAAGGGACUUGCAAGCUUGCUCACAGUGUUCUGACAUUUUGGUUGGUGCUAAGAAAAAAACAUUACCAUGCCAUGACUAUUCUGGAUUUUAUUUUAUUUUGACCUAAUGGACCAACAUGGCCAGCUACAAUUUUAAAUGUUAAAUAGUAAGUCACCAGGACAAACAGAGCUCUGAAAGAAUGCAAAAUAGGAUUUUGCUGAACCCAUGACAUUGGCAUAUAUAGCAUCCCUCUGCCAUCCUCGCUAAUGGCAGUAAUAGCAAUCUUUACAAAAGCCUCCAAAGGUAUUCCAGAGAGGCUUCCUUUUAGUACCAUUCAAGUCUGUCAAAACGAUAGUGUAAAAUAAAACACUAUAAACCGUUUAGAGACAAUCCAGUUCCUAACCACUUCCCUUCCUGUUCACUUCCUUCUCAUGCACGCAGCCUUGUUCAGGGGUCUUCCAGGCCUUUCGGUUCAGUCCUUGGACUUUCAAACAUUUGGUGCCAAUAAUAGCAGAUUCAAAACAACUGUAGAACAUUUGAGUUAGGGUAGUUUGCUCAGCUGCUUUAAUGUUAACUGAUAAUGUAUGGAACAGUCAACAAGGAUAUUGCAGUGAGAAAGCAUAUCUCAUAAACAGGAUCAUGUCAUUGAAGGUUCCUAUAUAGACGCAAAUUAAAGUUGAUACAACUGAUUCCAGUUGAAAAAAGGCUUUUUAUAGUCUACAUAGCUAACAUACUAAAUGGAAAGCUCUUUUAUGAAUCAGUAGGCACAGAGAGUUACUUUUCAUGAUAGAGAAGUCAGCAGUGAACUACCCUAAAAAUACUAUAUUGUGGUGUCUGUGAACUGUGAGAUCAUAAAACUUGCAGAUGUGUCGUGGAAUUCAGAAAGUUACUAAAGAAUUAUAAAGAAGUGUGGUGUGUGGUGCCUUACUGGUGAAAAGCCAGUAAAAUUUAAUGUGAGGAACUGAAGCAGCUGACAGUGGGGAGUAUACCCUAAGCCGUGUUGGUGCAGUGUGGGGUGAAAGGUUACUUGCUGAUCUGGCUGGCUUGCCCCAGCCAUUCUGGGUGGCUUCCAGCACAACAACAUCAAACAUUAAUAGUAACAAUCUGAUCCAAUAUAAAAGUCACAAUAACUUUAAUAACGUACAUCAGACAAAGCAACAUUCAACAAUACAUCAGAAUCUUAUCGUAAACAGUAAAAUUAAACACCAGCAAAUAAUAAUUAAACAGUUCACACUUAUCAACCACAAUAAAGAAUUACCAAUCUAUAAAAUAACAGCAAUUCACAUUGCAUAAAAUACCACAAAACAUACGAGACCAUCUAAAAGGAUCCGAUUGAGAAACAAAGACACACAACUUAUAAAACUACUUUUUAAAAAUAUCCCUGAACUCCUCUCUUCCCAGCUGCUGCUGCUGUCCUCAAAGUCAUAGCCUGGGAAGGGCUGGGUGGGGGCGUCAAGGCAGGUGGAAACGCCAUUGCCUGAUGAGGAACAGAAAGCCCCCCCCUUCAGUUCUUCCAUCUUUGUAUCCCCCAGAGUCACCAUGGGCACAGCCACUACAGCACUGAGACCCUUCCUUCCAAGAAAGACCAAGAGGAGGGGGUCACUGAAAAACUGCAGAAUGGUGACUUGGAUCACAUAAUCCCUAACAAGAAUAGUGACCUGGAAUGCAAGAAUCCAUCUGUUGAUGAGAAGAUUGUUGGCUCCUUGUCUGUUCAGGUACCCACCUAUACUACUAAUGUAUUGCUUCCAGCCCUGCUGGAGAUAAGUUGUCUUAGUUUGCAAGAAAUAGACUUAAUGGGAAGACUGAUCCAAGAUAAAGCACCUCGUAUGUAUCUUCGUCUGCUUUUGUUGGGAAAGGGUAGAGGGAGUCUGCCUUUGGCCCAUGCAGACAUAACAUCUUCUGCUUUCAUAGCCAGUUAGGAGAUUGGCAGUGUGCUGUGACAGCUCCUGACAUCUGAUGACUUAUUUCUGCAGAAGCAGAUGGAUAUUGGCACAAUCCUAGGUGGGUGGUUUGCACUGAUGUACUGGCAGAACAUGGAAAAUAGCAGCAAACCUGAUACCACAAAAUUGCCAGGCAAACAGCUUGCUUGGGUAGAGUGGGGAGAUGAGAUGAGGCAACGUUGGAAGUCUGUUACAUUUCACAUUUUGUUGGUUAGGACAUUGCUACUUUAAAUUCCUUGCUCUGCUCCACAUUUCCCAAAGCAUCAGUGUGCUUUUGUAUCUCCAGUUGUAAGCUCUAGGUGGCAGUGUGUACACAUUGUAUGAUGCAGGCUCCAUGUGCUCUUGUACUGCAGGAGUUGAUGAGAGAACUCUUAAUUUCAAGCACUGAUCUGCUGCCUUUUCAGGACCUCCAGGCUUCUCAAAGCACUUGCUAUUGGCUGAAGGGCGUGCGCUACUCUGACAUUGGCACCUUGGCUUGGAUGAUCACCCUGAGUGAUGGUCUCCACAAUUUCAUUGACGGCUUGGCCAUUGGUGCCUCCUUCACUGUGUCCGUCUUUCAGGGGAUCAGCACUUCUGUGGCCAUUCUCUGUGAAGAAUUUCCUCAUGAGCUAGGUAUGUGCUCCUCAAACUCUGAGAUAGGACUGAAGCAAAUGCCAGGAGUGUGGUGUCUGGAAAUUCUCUUGAUGUCUACAGGACAGAACCAUGUAUACAGCCUUUUCUAAACAGAGGUGCAAGUGGGAGCACUUUCCCCAUGCUUCAGAGGGAUGGCUGGGCCCAGUCCUGUGGGACUCCCUCCCUCCCUCCCUCCCUCCCUCCCUCGACAGGGCCCCUCCCCUGCUGAACUUUAGCUCUUGACAAGGACUUUCCUGCUUCGGGUGGCAUUUUAAGGUAGCUUUCUGAUUCUGGGAUAACUUUCCAUUGUUCUUAUUCUUUGUAUUUUUUAAAUACACCUUAUUCUGAGUAUUAAACAGGAUAUAAAUACCUGAAGUAAAUUAAUAAGGAGGUUGCAGAGUAGGGCUAUUGAGGGUCGUGACCCAGGAAUCACUUAAUUUAGUGUUGGGUGGGGGAAGUCCCUUGAACAGUUAGUUAGUAGCUUAAUAUCUGUAGCAGAUGGGUCAGAGGGGGCAGGGGAACAAAAGAUACAGAAGUGUGGGCCAGAUUCAGUCAACAAGUCACACAAGCGGAAGCCCACACUUGUCUCAGAAUAAGGCUAGUUGAAACAAGUCACUACCCUCAGGCACAAAUGGCUUUGUGGGCAGAUUAUUUGGCUGGAGGGCGCAGUGAAAUUCUGUGUGCUGUCAAAGGAUGCUGGAGCUCCUAUUAACCAUGUGUCAGAAUACCAUGGGGAAGCAGGCUUAACCCACCACACCACUGCAGGAUCCUUGUUAUUUUCUCCAAGUGUAGAGAAAAUGAACGUGGCCUUCAGGCAUCUCCUUUCUCUGGCGGCCACAAGGAAUUCAUGGUAGUGUUUGAGCAGCCUUCACCCACCUGGCACCUGCCACUCCCAUCAGCAUGGGCCACGUUUGUGAAGGCUUUGCUAGAAACUAGUUUUAUGUACUUGUGUCCCACUGUGAACCGAUCCCUUGAAAGGAGGAUUAAACCGGACCCGUCAGGUGCUUGGAGGAUUGUUAGAGUGAUCAGCAAUGCUUCUGUUGGCCAUGCAAGCACUGAGUUUUAAUGGGACUUGGGAGACUACAGCUCUCUUUGCAAACCUUCCAGGUAGUUACCCCCCCCCCCAGGUUAUCUGGUGAUCUAGUUGAAGGAGGUGGUUGAAGUGUGUCAGGACUGCCUCAGGUCUCAGCUCACAAAAGACCAACGCCAAUCUCUUCUUAUAUACAAAAGUGUUUAUUGGAGUUCAUUGUUUGCUUCACAUCCGAGGCGCGCAGCCCCACGUCUGUUACUCUUAGACCGUUGAAGUCCCCUCUGAGUCAGUCCCUCCCCUGCACCAGUUUAAGAAGCUUGCGCUGCUCCACCUCUUCCUCUCUUUCCUUUUCCGCAGGGUCUUCCUGCCCCCUGGGGUUUCGCCUCUCCUGGAUUCCCCUGAGGCGGAAUCUCCAGAUUGCUCUUCCCCCCUCCUGCGAGCUUUGGGACCUGGCUCCUCCUCCGGGCUCCCUGUACUUCCGCGCGCCUCCACAUUUGAACUUGGCGCGCGCGUCCAACCUCUAACCUUCCUUUUGACAGUUACACUACUCCCUUCACUACUCUCCUCCCCUUCCGGGAGGGUGGCUUGCUCCGACCGACCUCCCUUCUCUGCUGCCGGAGCUGCUUCCCCUGAUACACUGGAACCUCCACUCCCUUCGCUGCACUCUGGCGGGGAGGCUGGUCCCGACGCUCAGCUGCCACUUUGGGAUCCCCUGCUGGCCCCCUGCUCCUGACACGUCCCCCCUGGGGCUCCCCUGGCCUUGACCACCGGCGCCCCCUUCUGGGAAUCCUCUGAUUCGCUGGAAAGACUCAUGGAAUCUCUUGAGUCAUUGUCAUCCUCUUCCUCGCUGUCCUGGGAUUCAUCCCCAUCGCUCUCCAUCUCCUGCCUACCCUGUGCCUCUGUCCCUGAACCCCUGACAAAGUGCUUUAGUGAAUUUGAGGUGUCUGAACUGUAUAUCGUAUAUAGAGUCAUUAGGGUUUAAUGCUUAACCAACGCUUUUGUGCAUCACCAUAAACCUGAGAAAGUAUAUCAAACAAAUAUUUUUGAUUUGCAAAAUGCUACUGUUGAUUGAACAGGAAUCUGAUUAAACUUUGAUCCCCCUGACCUGAUGCAAUCUCUCCUUUUUCACUUCCUUCCCAUUGCCCUUGGUCACGCAGGUGACUUUGUCAUUCUGCUGAAUUCUGGAAUGUCCAUCCAGCAAGCGCUGUUCUUCAACUUCAUCUCUGCUUGCUGCUGCUAUGUGGGACUAGCCUUUGGGAUAUUGGCGGGCAGCCACUUCUCUGCCAACUGGAUCUUUGCUUUAGCUGGUGGAAUGUUUCUCUACAUUGCAUUGGCUGAUAUGGUAAGUCCUCAGUUUGGUACUUUCCUGUUCAAAGGAAUCUUGAUUCAUCCCUGAUCAAAUACUGUGUGAUCUUCCACCGCAGUUGGACCAAAUGUGCCUGCAGUUUCAAAAAGGUUGGUGAGUCCUUGUCUAACCAUUGCACAACAUUGUUAUAUCCCAUAAGUAAAGAAAUAGAGGCAUUGCACAUAGCAUCUGGUAGAUGCUUCCUCUGCAGACUUUGUAGUCCUAGCAGGUGCCCAAUACUGAAGGGAGGCCCUGGCUAGCUGACACAGGUAGGGGCUGUUAACAGAGGGGGCAUGAUCCCUCGGCUGAGUUAGAAUACUGUGGGUCAAACCUCAGCUGCCUUUGUGGUGGGGGGCAGGGAGGGAGUUGUAAUCAAAUCUGGCCCUAUCUGACCCAUGUGAAGGGCUGCCCUGCCUUCAGGGGGCCUCAGCUGGGUGGGCAAAAUAGAAGGGGAUGUUGUGUAGGGGAGGGGGCUAAAGCAGCACAAUCCCACCAUGGGAAAAUGGCUGGAAAAGCGGUGUCCCAGUUCCCAUACCUACUCUUUCCUUUUUUAUUAUUAUUUUAUUUUAUUUUAUUUUACUUCUUUAUUUCAUGAGAGGGCAUUUAUGUGAUUUUCGCUUAUUCCUGGAAUGUAACACCCGCCUAAGUCAGGAGUCACCUGUAUCUAUUUCACAUUCCCAUGUUGUGUGCUUCCCUUCAGAUGGCAGGCAGACAAGCAUAGGAGCUCUAGCUGUGUUAUGAAUUAAAUGGCAUGUGGGUGUCCACAUUUUCUGUAAUACAUCUCUCUAACUAAUUUUGAAACUACCAGAAUGCAGAGUUGUAUCUUGUUGGUGGUGAGCCUCAAUCCAGCUAAAUUUGUGGCUAGGUUGAAUUCAAACCAGAUUAGUCAUGGGUAAUUUAGGUUCCAAUCCUCAAUCACAAUAAAAGUUGGAUAGAUUGGAGCUCUCUGUGUUGAAAAGACUAGGUCCUGCAUAAAAUUAAGUUUUUAUAUCUGGUAGGAAAUACUGUAUAGCCUCUUGGAAGAUAUGGCUUUGUGUUUGCUACAGAACUAAAUGUAAUUUCUUUCUUCUCCCAAUAGUUCCCAGAGAUGAAUGAAGUCAGCCGAGAGGAUGAAAGGAGUGGUGGUGCUCUGAUUGCCUUUGCCAUCCAGAACGCAGGACUUCUGACAGGAUUCACCAUCAUGGUGCUGCUUACCAUGUACUCGGGUCAAAUCCAGCUUGGAUAG